GUCAUGUGACGUGCAUUUAUUGUGCAAGUGGGAGAUGGGUAUCAGUGUGCAAGAGAAACAAUAUUAGACAAAAAGCCUGACUGAUAGGUCUCAGACGGCAGGUUGAAUCUAUUUUCAUGUUAAUCCUACAUGAUACAAAGCCGGUCUAAGCCCUCAGGUGCACAAUGCAUAGAGCAGUGGAAAGAAAAAGAGGAGCAGGAAGCCGAAUGUAAAGGUAUGCCAUCUUUUACAGCAUAAUAAAAAGACAUUUAGUAUGAAGUUGAUGCAUUUGCAUGAGUGAUCUAAGUUUAAAUAAAACAGCUAAAACGGCUGGAUGAAAAUGUUGUGAUAGCUGGACACUAAGUUUGAGAGCCUGGGGGGGACAAAUCCUCCAUAUUGUUGGCCAUAUAAGUGUAGUGUUACCUGUUUCAUUGUAAGCAGUGAAUAAUGAUUAUUAGGGAGUCAUUUAUGUCAUGUUGAGCACAUUAGGCUGCUGCAGUUUGUCUUCCUCUGUCAACCACACAGUGGCAGACUGUUUCUCUCUCGGGACACCAAGAUGGCUAGAGCCUGCUUCCUGUUAACGGCUGUAACGGUAGCUAACCGUCCGCUAGCAGCAGCCAGCUCUAUAGGUAUGCAGCGUGCUGACAUACGGUCGCGUACCGGCAAAAUGCGGCGAGUUACGUAACCCCACCGAUGUGUUAAAAGCUUUGUUUUUUACUCCAAAUCUGUUACUGACCUUCUAACCAAAAGGAUGCCCGCCUAGCCUAGCCAGCCCAGCCCUCCCUGUCCCCUCUACCGUGAACGGUGAGACCUCCUGUCAAUCACUCUCCUCGCACACGUGACGGUGCACGCGCCUUCACCGGUGCAGCUGAAGCGUCGCUCAUCCUUCCGCAACGUACAACCAUCUGUACGUUACAUUAAAGGAAAAAAAGCUGCACUGUUUCAGUCAAAGUGCCAUUUACCUCGUCGCCGUCUGGUGUAGAUGUCUCCUUUGACUCUCGCAUUUUCUGUGCAUUCGCAGUUUCGCCCGGCAGCAGUGAUGGGGUAACGUUAACUGGCUACAAAUCCUGAAGGAGGAGCGUAGCGGUGUAAUAGAGGCCGCCAUGUUUGUGUGUGUGUCUUAAAGCGUGUGUACGUCGCGCGUGUGUGCGUUUGUGCACGAGAGAGGGGAGGGAGAGAGGCAAGCACAGUUUACAGAUAACACAGCUUAUCAAUGCUGGGAUUUACACUGCAAACUGGACAACGCUGAUUAAUUAGAGCAUGGAUGAUUAUCCUUGUUUUUUAUCCUCAAUCCAAAUUAAAUUUAAAUACAUUUAACUAAAUUGAAAUGAUUUAAAACAAAAUCAGUUUUUUAAGCAAACAUUAUUUUUCACAAGACAUUUUUCCGUUUUAACCAUAGACUGCAUAUAGAAUACAGUAUAGUAUAUACAAUCUAUGGUUUUAACAUUUGAUUUGCUCUCUUAGCCUAUUUUCAGUUCAAUCAUUUACAAAUGAUAAAUUCUGUUUUUAUAAAUAUUUUUCACAGAGGAUUUGAGGUUGUGUAUUUUCCAAACAAGUGAUGAGACCAAUCAAAGCAAUGAUUGCAGUUUACACUGUAAUCUUCACCUUUAAGGCAAUGUGGGUUUUCUCAACAGCAUAAUAUCACACUUAGAGUGGGAAUGAAACAAAUAGAAAGACACCUUUGAGAAACAAUCUAUGACCUGUGAAUACAUGUACUGACAUUUUUUGCCAUUUCAGCACAUCAUAAAGACCCUAAAUAUAUUUAAGCACUAAUGUAAAGGUAACCAUUAAUAUUUAUAUGUUAGAAGAGAAAGCCAACCUAAACACAAACACUAGAAACACUGUAAAAGAAGGAAACAUGCUCUGUCCUAAGUGGAGUAACAGCUUCUCUUGAGUUUGCUAACAAUACUCAGGAAACCACUGAGCCCAGCUAAGAACUAGACCAAUACAGACCCCUUAGCAUCAAAUAUGUAAUUUUCAUUGAGGCUGUUUAAUAUAGCUGUUUCACUUUAAAAGCCAAGGUGUUGCCACUUUAUAAAGAGCAUGCUCAGUAUGUAAUCUACAUAUUUACAAAUAUUAAGUAGUUAUUAAUGCUCCAAAAAUAAAUAUAUAAAUAAAAUAAGACACUAAUGCUUUCUUUUGCCACAAGAUGGCAGCAAAGAUUGAAUGCAUGUUCUAGAUGCAUUCAGUCCAUAUUGUAGAGUUGAAAAUCAAGAAAAAGGGAAAUGAGCAUCAGUUUUGCAGUCAGGUGUAUUUUGUUAUUGACUGGAAUACGUUUAAAGCUUCUAUUAGGAGUUUUUUGACAUUUAUAAAAGUGACUGAAAUUCUUGUUGGUGCAUUUUAAUGAUACGCAAAAGCAACUGUACACUCAACCCCCUGUUCACCUAAAGUAUUUGCAGUGAAUGAUAGAUUUGAUUGUUAAAAAUCAGCAGGUUGAGAAGUAUUGUCAUAAAUCACUACUCAAGCAUGGUGCCGAAAGGAUAAGCAAAGACUGCUUUGUCCACAGGGAGUGCCAAAACUGACACAAAGUGGAAGUUUCUCACAGGCCCUUUAAACUUAUUCUCAGUGGUAUGACCAUCAAAAGCUUAUUCGGGACAUUUAACUAUUGUUACAGGGCCUUGAACAAAGUUGAAGUUUCCGGCAGAAUUUAGGAUUUAAUGUAAGGAGCCAGUGUAAUAGACAUUAAGGGAUUCUAGUUUAUCAAAAUGAAAGCAGAAAAAAAUAGUGUAUGAUUUAAUUUUACAAACAACAAAAUGUUUCUUAAUAUCUUACAUUUUGAAUCUAAAAUACAUAAAUACAUUGUGCACCACUUAUUACUUUUCUUCAAUACAUACAUUAAAACCAUCCAAGAGCUCAAAUGAAGAGUUGGUCUUGUCUACCUAUUAGACUUUAAGUAGUUGCUCUUGUUUAUGUAGUCGAUAAGAUAAUAAAAUGUCACAUUGUUGCCACCCACAGAAUUGCAAAAUCAAUUCAUGCAUCCUGAGUUAUAAGAAACUCACAUCCCCAAGCUAUCUCUACGGUAACAAUAGGAAGCAAGAUAUAAACAGAAAGUAACACUAUGGUAACCGUCCAAGUAAUGCUGCUGACAGCAGAGCAGGUUAUGUAAUUGGAUUCUAACAUAAGCGUGUCAAAAUGUUCAAGAAAAAAGUUAUAAAAAUGUGCAAAGAAAGACAUUCGGUUUGAGAGCAGAGAAGGAUAAAUGUUUAUUGCCCAAUAAAAGAGCUGAUAAAUUUUAAAGACAGAUUUUAUAAUUGUACACGAGGCUCAGAACAAACAACUGUAAAAACACCAAUCGCAUUAUCUUGAAUCAGUGUCUUUUUAUUCUGCUGAAUAACAGCACUGUGUUAAACUCAAAAUGCCUUGUAUUAAAAUACGUACACACUCAAAAAGCAAAUGUAGGGCAAAGGUUUGUUCGAGUGGUGGGAGUGUAUUCAGGAAAUUUGGUAAACACUGCUCCCUGCCAGGCUUGCCUAGACACGAGGCCACAGAGAAUGUACGCAUUAUCCUGUGUGACUCAAGCUAAGCUGUUGAUAAAUGACUUUUACAUUUAUGGUAUAUUUGCUGAUCCAAAGGCACAUUUUUAAAAUAAAUUUGAUUCAAUAUAAACUACACCGUAAAUAGUACAGUCAUUAACCGGUUUGAGAAAUCUCCAGGAAGGCAAGAACAAAGAUGAUCAAUUUCCUGUAAGUGUGAUGAAGCUGUGAUAUUUGUGGUGUGACUGUUAGAGCGCAGACAGUACAUCUGAGGCCCAAGAUGUCGACCCCUUAACUGUUGAGUUUACAAGUUACACUGUUGAGCGAGAAAAGAAACUGCAUUGAGGUUGCUCUUUUUGUACAUUUGGAUCAUCCUCUAAAAAAGGACAUUUAACAUCGUCAAUAGUUGAAAAACCCAAUGCUUGAUCACGCGAGGUGGUCUCUGUGAGAAAUGACAAAUUCUCUGCCUAUUCUAUAAAUUUUCCAUCCAUAAUCCAAGAAUAGUUCAUUUUCAGAAAAAAAAAAAAAACCUGCAUAUACUGAAUUUAAAUUGUUUUCAAGGCAUGAGCUGAAGCUUUUGGCUUUGUCUCAGUGACUCCACGGAAUGAGUGGGGUGAAAAAAGGCACUUCUCAUCCUGGAAUAAAUUUGUUCUGACUCCUGUAAAUCAUAAACACAGCCUUUUAAAAUCAUUGUGAAGUCCUCAUCUGUCAUUGCGGGGAUUAUUACAGCUGUAACAGAUGUUAUGAGCCUGUAAAUGAUGCUCAGUCCAUCAAGGCAGUCAGAAACCCAAAUGCAUACACUGUUUACUACUUUAUACUUGCAGGCUGUUUUUUGGUACAUGGAGAUUCCCCCCCCCCCCCCACCAGGCUGACAGUUUGGUUUAAGGGGUUGGGCUUAGUGUACAUCUCGAGAACAUUUUAAUGGCUGUUAGGUCCAAAGUGGAAUAAUAAGGUAAGCCCUGUCAGGCGUGGGUGAAGCUGUGUUUGGAGUAAGAGUCAGUUGUUCCACCCAACCUCUGGAUGAAUGGAAUUCAUGUCUCAACAGGACACCGCAUCUGCUCAAAUCAAAGGGGAGAAUUUCUCAUAACAUGUACCUUUACUCCCAAGUUGGUAAACAGUUUGAUGGGGCAUGUGCUGAACUGUUUCUAAAACAAUUAAAAAAAAGAAAUGUUUUGAUAUGAAGGUUGUAAACAUCACAUUUAACUGUGAUUUCAUAUUUCACUCUUAAUGAUUUAAUAAAUUGAAUUAAAAGUGAUGAAGCUCUGCAUUUACUCUCUACUGUACAAACUGUACAUUUACAACAUAAAGCCACGCCAGGUUUAAUUACCCUCCAAACGACCCCUCCUUCCUCUCUCUCUCUCUCUCUCUCUCUCUCUCUCUCUCUCCCACCCACCGUUGUUGACUGGCUGCGCCGGUUACGUAACACGUUUAUGCCCAGCGCACGUGGCCACAGCCAUAAUAGAUGGCAUCAUUUUGACGGAUUAAACAUUACCAUCGACCCAGUGAUCACAGCCUUAUCACGCAACCUACAGUUUACCUUUUGAGGCGUAGAAUAAGGGCGAGGUCAGGGGGAAAAAACAACCAAAUCAAUGUUUUUUUCUCCCACGAAAAAUACGUCAAGACGGAGUCCCUCUGUUACGGUUCGAGUCCACUCCGGCUCAUAUGGUUAAUAAAAAUAAGGACAAAGAGACAGAACUGGGACAAAACAUUUGAUCAUUAUUAGAAUGUACUGUUAGUUCAUUCACAGCGUGGGAAAUAAUGCAUGAAGUUUGUCUUUUAUUUAUUCCAUUUAAAUCCAGGGUGCAUGAAAAGAUAGUUUGACCACUUUUUGGACAUUCCAAAAAAAUAGAUAAAUAAAAUAAAAUAAAAUAGGCCUAAUUAAUCUACAAAUUCUGCAAAUAUAAUGCUCAGUGGUAUUGGGUUAAAUAAAUAAAUUAAUAAUGAUCAGAUCAAUUAAGAUUAAAAUAAACACCAAACACUUGUUUAAUUGACAAAGCCCUGCAUACACACGUUUAUGGUCUUGGUGUAUUUUGCCCCCCUCUCUCCCAAUAUGGUGUCACCAUCCCCUCAACAGAUUGACCACUACUCUCUCUCUCUCUCUCCUUCCCUGUCUCACGCUAUCCCCCUCCUCCUCCUCCUCCCUCCUCUUCAUCCCAUAGCUGUCAUCCUGAGCAGCGCUGAGACGACGGCUCAAUCCCCUAAACGCCCGGAUGAGAGCAGCAGGCGACAUUCAAGGCAACAUGGUCGCAUAAAUCCGCCGAGUCGAGGGCAACCAACCAUUCUGGUGGGGGACGACGGCCACUGCUGGAAUCUGUGACAUUUUCGACGCAGCCCACGGAGGGAGAGCGGUUCUGGGAAAAUACAGUCAGGGAUAGAGGCGUGGAGGCGGAGAGGAACACGGCACAUUUCCCCCCUUGUGGUGUCCUAUUUCGUUGGUAAGUACAUUUUGUCUGGCAGAGAUAGACACGUUGCCCGUGUGUGUGUGUUUUUUGCGUGGACAGGCUCGCUGUCCGGUCUUGCGACUUUUUCCUCACGCGUUUUUUUCUUUGUGGUGAGCGUCUGUGCACGAGACGGAACGGGCCUGGUAAGUGAACACAACGUGAAAGAGGAAUGUCUGUGUUUUAAUCAGCUGCUGCGGCAUCCCACGGCCACGACGUUUCCUGAAUUUGACUCCAAACUCCGACGUGAAUCAUCCGAAUUGUUAAAUCGGACCACAAGUUGCUUCAUUGUGAUCUAACGUGCUGGCAAUGUUGUUAACACCGCUCGCACGCAGCUGAAUGGAGCCGCCGCACGUGUGUGACUCCACAUCCGACUGUGAGUGGAUCACAAUAGCCCCGAUUCACACAGACUGUCUGGUGGUCCGUCCACUGGUCUCAACCAGUGUGGGAAAGUGGAAAAGCCAAGAAAAGGCGAGAGCGUUCAACGUGCGUCUAAUUACUUCGCCGUUAAUCAUGCGAGUUUAUUUCACUCUGCUGAGCUUUUGCACCGAGUAGACACUAUUUGACGACAAGGCGGGUCAACAGCCGAACAUGCGCACUGAGCGCAGUAACUAUCGCCCCAUUGCCCAAUAACAAUAAGAAGUUGGGACAAGCCUAUCCCUAAAAUCUGAGAAGUGCCUCAGGUCUGUUCCCUUGUCCUCGCCACCAGCUUCAGGGUUUUUAUUGCCUCUGCGCUGCUGUCUCUAUACCUUGUUAUUUAACCGUGGAUUUGAGCCAGCCACAAAUCUAGUCAGAGCCAGUCAGACAACACAGCAAAAUAAACCUGAUCUGCUCACCUGCAGAUAUGAGUGUGCGAUAACAAGCCAGGCACCUAUUGUGACAGUGUGUCUCUGCUUAUGAAGCCCCAGGGCGAGCCUCUUCCUUUGUCCCCAUUAAAGAUGGCAACACUGAAAUCAGGCACAGCCAACAUGGAGGGGUGGAAAAUAAAACAUCAUCACCCCGGACUAAAGAAAACCCUAAAAAGUUCCAUUUGGAUAACUGCAAGGUGACCCAUAAUAUGAUAUGAUACUGCGAUAAAAUACGAUCAUUACAGUGUGACAUGAUAUUAUACGAUUCCUGGCCCAUGAUCCCGCAGUACUGCAAUGAUCACCAAGUAAGAGUAGGAAUUGCCAGGUAAACUAAGGUACGAUAAGAGGUGAUACGACACAUUACCAUGCAAUAUGAUAGGUUACCACAGUGGCCAAGAACCGCCACUGCUGCAAAUACAAAAAGAAUGCAAAAAAAGAAGUCACAACAGGAGUUACCGAUGCAAAAAAAAAUGAAGCCCGCUGCAAAUAAAAAAAAAAACGGUGCAGAUAAAAAAAAAAGCCACAUCUGAAGUUAACGACGCAAAAAAGUGGCGAUGGGAAAAAAAAGUUACUUACUGCGGAAAUAAAAGGAUGCGGAUAAAAAAAGCCGCAAUGGAAGUGAGCUGCCGGGGACCAAUAAUGAUGAUGCACCAGUGUUUUACGAUCUAGGCACAGAAGACGACGACGAGAAGACAAGCAAAGAAGUAAGCGUAAAGGUUAUUGUUUAAUUUCGCUUCGUGUACUUUUCAAUGUGUCAUUUGGUCAGGCAGUGUCGCGCCUGAGUCGAAAUAAAGUUGAACUGAAGCUAACACUACACCAGCAUCCUCCAGUUCGACUUCAUAUCGACUCAGGUGCAACAUGGCCUGACGAAAUGACACAUUGAAAAGCACACAAAGCGAAAUUAAACAAUAACUUUUACGCUUACAUCUUUGCUUGUCUUCUUGCUCUCGUCUCCUGUGCCUAGAUCGUAAAACACCAGUGCAUCGUCAUUAUUGGUCCCCGGCAGCUCACUUCCGUUGUGGCUUUUUGCAAUUUGCAUCCUUUCACUUUCGCAGUGAGUAACUUUUAUUUAUUCUUUGCAUCGCUACUUUUUUUUUGUGUGUCAUUAACUUUGUUGUGGCUUCCUUUUUUGCAUUCUUUUUAUUUGCAGCAGUGGCGGUUUUCGGCAACCAUAGGAUACCUUACCCACGAUAGUGAUACUGCAAUCAUAUACAUCACAAUGUCUAAUAAACUUAAGAAGGCCCCUUAAAGGCAAAGUGCACAGAUUUAAUUCUGUUUUUUAACUGCAGUUAAGUUUGUUUCCACUGAGAUGAAACAAUGUCCAAGUAUUUAAAAAAGAAACACAUGCAAGAUAAGUGUAAACUGUACUUUUCAUUAAAAAAAGCUUCUUUAGAAAUUAGCUCAGAUUUUAGUGCUUAAACAUAAUCAGCUCCUGUAUUUAAACUUGUUCACGUUUUAAGUUUAACCCUUAAAACAUAGAUCUGUUAACUGAUAUCACUGUAUGUGUAACAGCUGUAGUGGUAGUCCCAUGACGUUGUCAGCUACAGAUGGGUCUGUCAAUCAGCAUCUAUCCCACAGUCGUCUUCAGUUAAACUCAUGUCAUGAAAUCGCGAUGCAGUGCGUCAAAUUGGCAGGGAAAUCUGUUUAGUGUGUCAUAUUUUCAAUCGGAUGUCAACUUAGUCUUGACUUGUUGAUUUGUUGUAUCCCUCAGAUCAAUAGAAUAUAUUACUGUGUUGAUAUUUAGUUGUGUAUAUCUUCAGUAUAAACCCUUAAAAGCAACAAUAGUCAAGUAUUUCAGCUUCCAACAUAUUUAUCUGUUGUAUCCUAACAUCAUGCAUCAUGUCCUGUUGUCGUACUAUUUUGUUCCCUCCAUGGUUUGAAUGUGUCAGAAUGUGUCAAAACUGAGUCAUCGUAUUAUAUUCUUUAUCCUGAAGCAGAAAACAUCCAAUGGCCUGCUAUGUUGUGGUCAGUGUGAGUACAUGGAACCCUGGCAGCAAGAAUGAGGCCUGAGUUAAUGAUUAAUCUCCAUAUUACGAUAAGACGGAGUGAAAAAGGUGAAGAAUGCAGGGGGCUGGCACCACCUUGCAUUUUUUCUUUCAGUUGUUUUCUUACAUAAAAGAUUUGCUGAGAAAAUGUAGCAUCAGUGCUUUUUACACAACAUAGGCUCAUAAAGUGGAGGAAGUAAAUACACUUCUAUCUCGUCUAGCCAUAAAGGUCAGUGGACUGAUAUAAAAGUCGAUCAAGAUAAGAUAUACUGAUUAAUGACUUCCCCUUUCUUCAAACCCUUUUUAUGUGGAUGUCCCUGUCCCUCGCCCAUCCUUAAGCCACCUGCCUUUGAAAUGUGCUGAAAUAAAGUUGUGAUCAGCAGCUCCUAAAACCUUUUACAUGUUUAUAUCUCAGAUACGGGAUUUGCAGAGCUCUUGUUAGAGGAUUAAGGAAAACAACUUGUGCCCACACGGUUUAAUCUGCUGUUUUGUAUUUGAAACUGCCUGAUUUGCUGAGUGAACCUGCUUUCUAAGAAACAUUAUAGAUUUAUGGACAACCAAGCAACCUCUCUCUCUCUGCGGGGAUACUCUGCUCAGACUACUUUGGCACAGAAGAGAAGUGAAUAUCACUGUUGUUGUUGCUCUUGUUAUUGUCGUGCUCCUUUUCCUUGAGCUCUAAUUAGAUUUUUCAAUCACCACCUUGUGGAAAUGAGGUGAGUUCACAGAAACAUAAGGGACUAAUUUAAUUUAUAUUUUCAUUGUGCUAUGACCUGCCCUUAGUGAGUGUAAGCCUUGUGGAGAAAACAAUCCAGCCAGAGUGAUUCACACUAAAUUGCCAUUGUGCAGCAGCCACAGCUAAGAGCACGCAGCCAAUAGAGCCUCUCUUUUAUGCUAACCCAUGAAUUGAGAGGUUUCAAAACAGGCGCACAGCGGUGCAUAUGUAAACAACGGUUCAGGUCUGGCAGCUGAAGCUUGUGUUUUGAAAGUUCAGUGUUGAGGCUGUCUUUCAGCAGAGGAGGGGCGGAGGCGAGCUGUUUGUAUGCACGCAUGCACAAAGUGUUUGUACAUUGUGUAAUGUUUUCACGUUCAACAAGAUAAUAACUGAGCAGAGUCAGAUCAGUUUUUGAGAAGGUGUGCUUUCAACACACGUGGACACUAACUUCGGUUUCUAUGAAUUUCUGGCUGCUUUAGUUCUGGUGGAUGUUAAACCCAUGAAAGGGCAACAGGUGAGCAGGUUACACCACAUUAUUGAGCUGUGUCGCUCUUUGGAGUAUGCUGUGAUACAGGUUUAUGGAGAUGUAGUCCAGUUCCAGAUACAAAGUAUUUAUCAAAUAAUUUAAAAAACUCAAUCUGGUUGGAUGUUUGGUAACUUCUCUAAAAAAUGAAUCACAAAACACUGUAAAGUGCUCUGUCAGUGGUUCUGAAUGUGAUAUUCUAUUGUGAUCUUGAAUCAUGGACACUAUGUUGGUGGCCCUUGCACGUGCAGUGUCAGUACAUCCACCACUUUGGUUCAGACUGAAAUAUCCCGGCAAUUAUCGGGUGGCUUAAGAUGACAUUUGGUACAUACCUCUAUGAUCCCCAGAGGAUAAAUUCUAAUGGCCAUGAUGAUCCCCUUGAACUUCCCCGUAAUGCAUGUUUGCAGUGAGGUCACCUUUCGAUUGGCCUCCUAAGUUGAUUGUCCUGAUUUGCAGCACCUGUCCCGGGCGGGUUGGUGUAAAUAAAAGUCAUGUGACUGCUGCAUUUCAUCCUGUAGAGAGGAGGCAAAGUGCCAAGAUCUUCAUCCUCAUUAGAGUAAUGAGCGUUUGGCGUUGCCAUAUUUUUUUUGCAACCACCGUUAGAGAUCAAACUGUUGAUGUGUGAUGAGGACACUUUUCUACAAUUGUCGAAUAGAUUGCCAUGACAUUUAGUACAAGCAAUCAUGAUUUCCCUGUAGAGAGAUCCAGAUAACUCUUACCUGUUGCACCGUAAUAGUGUCCAAUUCCUGUUGAAAUAAUGCCACUUAACUUCUCAUGAGAGAUUUUUCUUAAACUUCUGUGUGUUUUCAUGUUCUCAAAAAAACGUGGGAAAGUCCAGUUGCACAGAGCUACUCUCAUGGCUGCAGGCAUUUCUUUUUGGAUAUGAAAUCAUCAAUCCGUGAACCAUUGACAGCCUCAUUUGAAACAAAUCAUCUGUUAGAUACAGCCCCGCUGUGUCACAUAGAAGCUGUUAGCAAAACAGAUGGCUGCUUAUUUAUUAGAGCCCUGCCAUAAUUAGACUGCCGUAUUUUUGUAACUGAUAGUGUAAGCGAUCUUACUAUAGGGAGGACAGUGGAUAUAGUCCUUUUUUAAAUCACAGGUUUUUUCAUAGGCUCAUGAACAUCAGCUGACAAAAACAUCCUGUGAGGUCCUGACUUUAAGCAUGGUUAUGUUUUUUUCUAUCAUAAGACUUUUUAAAAAGUAUUAUAAGGACAUGACCUUACUGGUGUCAGUCGACAAAAGGAGCUAAGUGUGGUGGGGUCUGUUGUGUUUUCCGUGAUGGUGGGGCCCCCGGGCAGUCCGGCCCUCCUGCCAGUGGGUGUGUCGGUGUCCCUUGUGGGCGGAAGGGCUGCUGGCACCAGGGCUGGUAGCGUCACCAUCAGAGAACAGUCUGUGUCUCUGAUCGGCCCACCUCGCCCUCUGAGCACAAUCACACUGUUAUGUCUAAGCCCUCCUUCGCUAUGGCAACAUCACAUGAUAGCACUGUGGAAAUCUUCAUGCUGUGUCAGUGUGUGUGUGUGUUGCAUGUCUGCCUGUGCUUGCAUUGCUGAAUCCAUGCUGUUGCCCAAACCUGGUUAAGCUUGUUGGUGAUCAUAUGGGGCUGAUAGCGGGUGUUAAAUUAACUGUACUUGCAAAUGUAUUGUUGCCUGUCUUGGCCAGGACACUCUUGUAAAUGAGAUUUUUCAUCUCAAUGAGGAUUUUCUGGUUAAAUAAAGUUUUAUUCACUCAAAUAACAGAAAUCGGAACGAACACAGAGGAGGGACAAGAGCGUAAAGGAGAAAUUUCUGUUGUUUACAGGAACCUGAGAAUAGCACGUGUUCAGAAAACGAACUGUUCAAUCUGAGUGCAGUGCUUUUUCAAACAUCACAGAUUCAUGAGUGACUCAGUGAGGGCCCUGCCUCAUGAACAAAGGACUGCAUAAGCUUGGAAAAUAAAUCAAAACCUUAUCAGCUCUCAGUUAAGCGACUGUAAAACCACUGCUUAAGCAUUUAACGUGAUUUACAAAGAGAUAGUUAAGGCAGUAUUAGUGGUUUUUGCUCAUGUAUAUGUAUUCAGCUGGUUUUAAGUGGCAGGCUAACAACAGGUUGAAUUGUCCAUCCCAUAAUGCUUUUGUGUCCUCUUGUAACCAGUAUCACGUAGGCAAGCAUUUUUCUGUGACCCUAAUUUUUGCCUUAAUUGGCCAUAAUACUCAGAGGUCACCAACAUGUCUUCACUGAAUUAGUGAGGGUUUUUUUGUGUCUCCUUGGCAAAUAAAAGUCAUAACUGUCAGCAUUUAUGAUCUCUUGAAUCACAAUUCCUGGUACUUUCCCCAGUCUUGGUUGCUUUGAAGCAAGAGACCCUCACUGAAACUGCUGAUGCUGACGCACACAAGAAAACCUCUCCUCUUGAAGUUAUGGGCUCCUAAAAGAGUAAACCUCUAGGUUCUCCUCAUAAAAUGGAAAAUCAUAACAACUAACAUGGAAACAGUUAGCCAUUUAUCACCCUGGUUAGCAUGUGACUGCUUCUGCUGGUUGCAUCGUUUUUCUCUGACCCUUUUGUGUGUUUUUUGGCUGCGUUUGUCCUCUCCACUCGGUCAUGAGAGCCGUUUUGUAGUGUUUCUGGUGGCCUUCUGUAAGCGGCAGGGUCUGUAUCAAAGCGUUGUCACACAGAGCGUCUCUUGUUUUGGUGCUGGCCUGGUGUUAACUAUGCUAAUGACAAGCUUACUGCUGAACUGUGGAGCAUUGUGGUAAUAUUUAUUGAAUGCAGCAUGACUGUUAUUUUACUGUUCUUCUCAUUUAAGUGUAUUUUUACAGGAGAACCUUUCACUGGACUGAAAAACGUUUUAAUCUAACCAGUUAGAUCUGUGGUCAGUUUGAAGUUUUCAUAGCCCCUCAUGGAAAAAACACUGAAAGGUACAGUGAGAAGCAUUUGAAAAGCUGCUCUUGGCUGGUGUUUGAUGAUAUCUUGUUAUGUAAAUGGCAGGUUUUAUUAUCUUUUGCCUUAUAGAUACAGAUCUCUGCCUUUACUGCCCAUAAAUUGCCUCAAUAGUAAAUGAGCUGCAGGAUCAGCCAAACUCUUUGGGUGGCCUGCAGAUCAUUAUGAAACAGAAAUGAUUCUUUUCUAAAACUUGUGAAUGUGAUGUGAUGCUGAUGAGAUGCUUAAACCUUAAGUACACUUUAACGACUAGGGUUAUCUUAACUGAACUGUCAAAGCUCAGUGACUUUACAAUGGCCUCUUAUCAGAAAAUCAUUUUCUCACAACUUCAUUCUCUUUCUCUUCAAGAAAAUGAAUGAGACUUUUUUCAAUCUUGCAAAAAUGUCUAAAUUUCGAGAAAAGUCAUUCAUACUCUGCCAUACAUUAUGAACAGGCCCUCCUAAAAUACUUGUUGUGGAAAGAUGUGAACUUCCUAGUGUGACAACUGACUAUGCAGCUCACUUGGUGGAUUACUCCUUUAACCCAAACCUUCAGUGUCAAAUGUUGAUGUCUACUACUCUGAAAAAGAGGAAGCAAAAUGGACCGUAUAUUUGUGAUGAAACUGGCAUUGUUCAUAGCUGUUGGACGAUAGCAAGCUGAGCAUGUUUUCCUGAUAUCAGCAGAGUUUGGGUUGACCCGUCUAGAUGGCAAAGUUAAGUAUUAUUAUUGUCUACAAGCCACUGUUUUAAGUUUACACAUAUCAAAACUAAUUAUCUAAUUUAGAGGUCAACCGAUUAGUCUUUCAACGUGGAUACCAAUCGUGAGAGAGCGGGUUGGUCAGUGGUGGAUAUAUGAUGCCGAUACUACGUUGUUAAACUGAGAAACAGUAUUACUGAACUUCAGUAACUGUCUUAUUUAUUAUGUAAUCAUAACAUUUAAUCAGCCUAUCGAUGAAUCGGUCUACCUCUAAUAAAAAUAGUAUUUCACAAGUUUCACAACAGUACCAGCAGUACAGUAAAGCUUUUAUGUGCGCUGUAACACACCUACUUCCUGAUGAAAUAUUUCCUAGUUGUUGUUUAGUUUAGUCAUGUGCAUUUCAUGUGGUCUGAUAGGAGAAGGUCCUCUGUUUCCUUUGUCCGGAGUUUGUAGAAGUCUGUAUGUUUGAACAGGUGUGGGCUCACGUGUCCUUUAACCCAGCUCACUGAAUUUCACUCGGGAUUGUGGUGAAGGGUGUGACAGGCCCCAGAGACGACUGAUCAACCUGUCUGCACUGGUCCACACUGUUGUGUUGAUAAUGUUACCGCCUAUUUGCAUUUGAUUGUCGGGAUGGGGCAGGGCUCCAUGUAAGGAUGAGCAGCUGGCUGACUGGUCACUGCACACACUCAUGUGACGCUGCUAUUUCUAGCCAAAUCAUUCCUCCUCUCUCCUGCCUUUAGCAACAAGAGCGAGUGCCGGAUAUGUGACACCUCAGAAAGCAGCGAGGCUGGAAGGUAGAGGCAGUUUGACAGAUAGAGUCCAGUGGCUUCUAUUCAGAGGCCACCUUGCUGGGUGGCAACCUGCAAGGUGGAACAAUGGCAUGUAGAAAGGUUAAUGAUUGAGUUCAAGAUAAGAGAGGAGUAGAGGUUUGUGCUCCCAGCAGUGGGGUCGACUUUUCCCGCUGCAGCCACCAGUUUGUCAAUUGUCCUGUCGUGUUUUCACAUUUUUCACUUGACUCAAAAUAAACACAUCUGUCAUGCCAGCUGACACAGUGUCAAGGGAUCGGGGGGGAUGCUGUUGUGUCAUUUUGACAUAGAAACAGGAGAGCGUGGGUCGCUUCGUUUUGCUCUUCAGUCAGAAAUAAAACCACUCGAGCCAGAACCUUGCCAGCGUGCUUGUUAUUUUAAACAUCUGGUAAUGUUAAGCAACUUGUUUUUUUCUCAGUUCGCUGUUCUGUGGCAGUACCCAGUUUGAUUGAUGGGGUGAAGGUAACUGCUGCACAUACUCUCACCUUCUCAUGGUACUUGGUUUCAAGCUGGGUUUGACAUCAUCAUGAAGUCUCCAUGUCAGUACAUGACUGGUAGGAUUUACCCGCUAAACAUUUUCCCUGUGUUUGUAUACUGUUUGUUUAAUUACACGACAGAGGGACUAGUAUUAUGUAUUACUGGUUAUAAGGUCCUCCAAAAGUAUGUCCUUAAGUGUCAAAGUUAUUACAGUAACAUGCUGCAGGCUGCAGGUUGAUAAUUAACUUUGUUUUAUCCCUCUGUGACAUUUAAUUGUACGGUGCCACCAUAGUGACUACUUAUAUGACGUCUUCACAGAAUUAAUUAAUUAUGUUUCAACAAGCUGGGAGUGCCUACUGUAGUAUUAUAGGCAACUGUUCCCCUUAAAAUGAAGAUUUAAUCACAGUAAUCAAACUGACUGGAGGUUAUGAUUACUGAUUUUAUACAGGUCUCGCUGCCCUCUGAUUUAAUAACGCUGGAUUGUAUAAUUGUCCCUCUUAUGAUCUAUGGUAAACCAAACAUAGAAAUGAGAACUGUUUUGGAACAGAGCCUGGAAAAAGCACUGGCACCAAAAAUACCUCUGUACUACAGGGAACCCUAGGGAAAGCACUGAAAGUGGAGUGUACGCGAAAUAAACUGCUCCUGUCCUUGAGGAAAGAUGCUUUUAUAGGGUAAAGUCAGGCCACUAAACUAUGGGGGACGAGGAUUAAAUAUCAUAGAAAAUCUUCAGGGUUCCCUUUACUGAACAGGCGUUGACAUCGUCAUAAUGUCUCACACAUUCCAGCCCGGCUAUAGCUCCGGGGUAAGUGACCUCCCAUCGCUGGGGGUAAUGCUGAGAAGGCUUACCCAGCCUCAGCCUGAUCUGUAGUCAACAAACCUGUCAACAUGAUCUUUACGCAUAAACACUUCGGUUUGUUUCCUGCUUGCAAAAUAUAUGAUGGGGCACAUAUUUUCCUGUUACCUAAGGCUGGAGGAACAAUUGUUAUCAUUCAAGCUGAGUAUGAGUAUGUUUAUGCAGUUUAUUAAUGAUCAAGAGGAUGGUACAUCUCUUUUUGCAAGGUACAGGUUUUAGGGUGAAUAGAGACUGAGUCUGAAUUUCCCAUUUGGCCUCUAUUAGAAGUUUUACAGUACUUUCAAAUGCAAUCCUGACCUAUUGUUGUUAUUUAUCUUCACUGCAAAUCAAUAUGAAUCGCACCGGUGAACACUGAUGACCCAAAAAACAACACGGAUGUUUAUAAAAGAUGUUAUUCUUCUAAUGUCACACUCUCUCACUCCAAAUUUAACACAUCAAGAAAGUCUCUUCUUUUCUGCUUUCUCUUUCUCAUGAAACACAAGCUGCUCCACUUUGCACGCUCCCCAGAGGCCUCCUGAAAUUCUGUUGCAGGGACUGGAUAUGCAGAGAUUUUCUGUUCUUGUCGAUGUUGCAUCAGUGUUUCUGGUUUUUAUUACAUCGAAGUAUAAAGUUAUUGUCUGUUGAUGCUCUGUGCAAUCAUAUCUUGUUAGAUGAACGAGUAACCCAGACCCGAUCAUGUAUUCAUUUAAAGACAGUGACAAUUCUGAUCACAACCUUGAUACACACCGUUAUUGGCCAGAGUUUAUAGUUAGAUUUUCCCUCAAAUGGUUCUGCAUAUCAAUAGAGAUAGUGCUGAUGGGUUUUGUUCUAGUGCAGCUUUAUCUGGCUCUUCAUUAUGUUCUUUUUGCGCAGGAGCGGGAGAGGCAAAUUGAAAGUUGGAGUGGAGAGGAUUCAUCUAUCUACAGACAUAAAUUGAACUCUUCACACUCACUCCUGCUAUAAUGGACCUAUGUUUCUCAGGACGGCUUUGGCUUUUAUAAAGUCAUGUCAGGGGAAAAAUAAAAUAUACAAUUAGAUUUAAAAUAGUGGAUCACUGUAGUGGGGGGCAACUCUGUGUGUGUGUGUGUGUGUGUGUGUGUGUGUGUGUGUGUGUGUGUGUGUGUGUGUGUGUGUGUGUGUGUGUGUGUGUGUGUGUGUGUGUGUGUGUGUGUGUGUGUGUGUGUGUGUCAGCAAGUUUUCAAGAAAGACUCCUGCAGCCCACAGCACACAGGAGGUGCAGUGAGACAGACUAAAAGAGACAGCGGUAACCUCUAGCUGUGACAGCAGCAGUACAUGAAGUGUUUAGGCUUGAAGUGGCCUAGUGGAAAUACCUGUGUUUAAAGGGCACGUGAUAAAAAGAGGAUCUGAGCUUCACUGUGCCCCCUCCUGGCUGAGCAAGACGGUGUCCCGAUUUGGAGCGAUGGGCGGAAAAGUCUCUUGAAUAUGAUUUAUCCCAGCAAGAUCAGAGGUGACCCUCCUCCUCAUCUACCCCUCCAUCACCGGAACACAAACAGACCACUUGUCACUCUGAGUUUCCUUCAUUGUCGAGCAUGCUGUGACAGCAUUCAAAGACGCAACAAGCAGCACAUGCCGAGAAGCCUCAAACAAUGCUGUCCCCAAACUACCUCCUCCAUUAUUUUGAAAUGUCUUUUGAUUGAUUGAGAUUUCUGGGACAUUUCUACACAGCUCAGGUGUCGCUACACAAGCUCUUCUGUUUAAAGAGUGUUUGUUGACUACAGGAACACAAAAGAAGACACGCAUACUUUUCUAUAUAUAAUUCUCUGUGUGUAGCAUGGGUGUAGCAUGGAUUGCAAAAGCAAGCAACCCUCCUGUUCCUUCAGAGUAGAAUUUGUGUGUGCGCACCAUGUGCUGAAAGUGUGCAACACAAACAGCAAACAUGUGAUAGAUAACACUGGUCACACAGCACGCACUGUGUAAUUUUAAGAUUAACUCAUUCAUGCUCCAGAGGUAGUCGUAGCAGUCAGAGCAGCACGGCGCUAACUCUCCUGUCAGGCGGUGUUUUGACUUUGUUUUUUGGGUACAAGAUGAUUUGUUUCACUCUCAGGAUUCUUCAGUUCUUGGUGAAUAUUUGGGGUAUUGAUGCACCACCUUUACAAACAUCGUAGGUAUGUAGGGGAAAUAUCUUCCCUGCAGGAAUUACAACACACAGCUGAUCUCCUGUGGUGAGGACACGCUGCGCUGAAUCCCCAGCAGAUUACCCUCUCCAGUAUUGUUUUUAAAUUCAACCAGCUUCACUUCUUCUCCUUUUCUCAGAUUUUGAAGGCUGCUGCCAAAAUAACCGGGUUUCAUCAUCAUUAUUUAAACAUGACUUUUCGCUUUGGAGAGGAUAAGCUUUUUGUGUUUACAUGAUUUAUAAUAAACAAAACAGAUUUCUCUGGAUUGUUAUGAAAUCUGACUACAGAUUGAGUUCCCCGUUUUUAUUUCAGUGUCAUCUUUUCUGUAUAAAAUCAAAUGCUUAUAAAUAAACGUCUCCCCUUGCAAGACCCCUUGAUGCGAUUAAGGCCUACUGCUAAAGUCGUCAUGUGAAAUUCUCCUUCCUGUUUUGACCGCUCUAAGUGCCAUUCUUGAAACUUUUUAUGCGGCUGCAGCUUAUGCUAGCAGCACGUUUUUCAGUAUUACUCUUAGUUUUCACCUAGAAUAACAGUGCCGGGGUAAUCCGCUGACUCACUGACUUGAAGGCCUAAUCCAGCCAGCCUCGUGUCUUUUCUUCCGCCGAGUAUAGACCGAGGUUAAACCUACACCCAAUUCUUUGUGAGCGCGUGUGUCUGUGUGUGUGUGUGUGUUUGUGUGCAUACAUAUGUAAGCCUAGCAUUCCUGCAAAGUGGUGGCAGAGAAAAGGACUCCAUGUCCUCCCACCGUCGCCAAGUCUCCCACUACGUGCGCACAGCAGCAGGUCUAAUCAAAGCACUCCAUAAUACUGUUAGCUGGGUCAUGUGCUGGAAGCCAGGAUUAAGAGCAGGAGGGCACAGGCCACUAGAUCCAGCUUAGGAGGGAGCGCUCUCCCUCUUUUUCUUUCUCUUUCUCCCUCUGUCUCCCCCGUCUCUCUCUCUCUCUCUUCCCCUUGUUAUGCUCAUCUUUUAACCAUUGUGACUCAUAAUUGUCGGUAAUUCUAUUGUAACACGAGAGUUUAAUGGAUGAAGUGUGGGGUUUUCCUGAACUGCACAGAAUCCACAGUUCAACCAUUAACUUGUUUAUUUCUACUUUCCUGAAAUGAAGAGUUCAGACUCCGGCACAGAGAUCUGAUGUCCACACCCCUGCGGAUACUUAAAACUCUGUUUAUGAGUCUGAUUGUGUCCCCCUUUGACCUUCUACCACCUGGUACUCUGCAUACUGGACACAAGCGCUCAACUUUCCUAGACAGCUCGUACUUUGAAGACCUUCACUCAUACAUGACUGUAAAGGCUUUUUUUAGAUGUCUGGUCAUCAUUUCAGAAUAAAAUAAAACUAUUCUUCAGAUUAAAGCUUAGAAGAUGAAGAUAUACUAGUGGAUGGACGCUUUUUAAUUGGCUCUUAAGAUCUCUGGUUCAAGAUUUAAUUGGUUUGCUGAGGGGCUGACAAAAAGGCGACACCGUGCAUUCAUCCUCAUUUGAGUUGAUGUAACUAAAACUGAUAUUAAUGAAGCUGUCACUUCUCUUUUCUUACAGUCUCUUGCACUUUCAGCGUUCUGUUUUCAGCUCUCCUAAUACCGGCACCCACUUUGCCCCAGUAACACAUUUUAAUACCUCAGAGCAUGCCAACGCUAGAUUAUCAGUCUCAGCAGUUGAGAGAGAGGUGGGGAGGUUAGAGGUCCUGGCCGUGUUUUUGCGAGAACAGAGCCAGAUCAACAUUUCUCUGCGUCCACAACCAAGAUGAGGAAAGAUCCCGAGGGCUAAGCAGAAGAGGAACAAGGGGUUAAGGACAGGGGCGAAGGGGACAGGCUUAGCUAUUGGGUACCUACGCUGAUACGUGGAGAGAACUGGAACUGUCCGGCUGAAGCUGAGCGUGGGAGGGGCGGGGGGGGCGGGGGAGGCUGAGAGAGGAGAGGGGAAACAGAGGAAGGGUCAAGAGUAAGAUGACUCCCACACUCAGGAACAUCGAGACAGGUGGCAGAAAGAGAAGAAAGCGGGAGUGCAAUCUCAAGAAAGCCACAAUUGUUGGUGAGUACUGAGCCUAACUGUGCCAGUAAUGAAUGAUGUGAAUGCUAGCCAAACACAAUCGGGCCCCCUUACUGUUAGUAAUAAAGUAGCUGGCUCUAUUUUCAUCGUUGAGGCACAUUUUGAUUGGUCAAUUAGGAUCCCUGUUGUGAGCUGGGGUUAUUCUGAGAGAUGACUAAUAGUUUCUGCCGGGCUAAAAGCUUUAUUUCAGUCUUUCAUCCUUUGUGUUGCUGCACUUUUAACAUUAGUGGUUUUUACGCUCAGUGUGUUUGUGAUUGUCAGUUGGACUUUUUCCAUGAAACUGCUUCAAUGCCUGCGUUUAUUAACUCAAUAACAGGACAAGACUACUUGUUGGAUUGUCUCUUAAUUUUUAUGACCAGUGCAUGGCUGUGAAUUAGUCUCUUUGUUGAGUGGUGUCGAGUGUGUCUGCCUCGCUUACUUAAAUCAGGGAGGAGUCACUUUAGUCACUUUGCCGUUUCAGGCUGAGGGAGUCAAACUCGUGUACGACCUCCACUGAAACCAGAGAGAGCUGACCUUAAACAAGCAUUUAAACUUUAGGCUUACUAAACAAGGAGAGCCAGAGGGGGCUCAAUUGUUUGCUGUUGUAACGCGGCCUGUUUUAGUGUUGCUAAAGGCUCAGUUACUUAUUCAAUCUAUGGAGAGGGUGACUUUCACCGCAAUUUGUCAUCACUCUGUAAACGAUUGCAGACAGCUCACCCAGCCAUGUAACGUGACAAUGUUUCAGUGCAGAGACUGAUAAAUUAUGUGUUAUGGAUUAGUCGGUGAUGAAUUGGUUUGCCAGGAUGUCAUUCGAAACCAAAAAGGGGAAGUUGGGAAUUCGAGGAAGAAAUCGUAGAGGGAGCUGCAGAAAACUGGUAGCUGCUUGAAAUGUUUGCAGGAGUAGGCUGAGGACAACAAUAACAGUUUUGAAAUGCACAUCUCUGCCUCAGACCAAACAGCGCAGACAUCAUGUUCAUACAAGAAAAGGAGAAUCUACGACAAGAAAAAAGCAGCAGCUGUUUCUUUUGUUUAUACAUUUCACCAUAAACUGAUCACUGUUUCUUUGUGGCUCAUUUUUCACCUUGUAAUCCAGAUGAUCAGGUUGUGAUCUGAUGUCCAUAGAUGACUCUGAGUGACUUAUUGCUGUUGGUAGUUUCGUUUGUCUCUGUCCUGAAUAGUUGGAAAGUGCUUAUGACACCAAACCCAUUCAGUGUGUUGAAUAAUGACGACUGUGCCAAUUUUCAUCAGUUUGAAUCUGGCAUGAAAGCAGCUACCGAAAUUACAUCAAAACUCCUAAAGGUCUCACAUGCCGUCAGACUGUGUGCCAAAUCCCCCCAGAAAGCAAUGCACACAAUGGUGUAACUAAGUCAAUACCAAUAAACAAUAAAAAUCGGCCUCCACUGGCAGAUACAAACAUUAUUUUUUAUACAUACAUAUUUUUUAUGUUUUAUAUUCUAUUUUUUAUGGAAGUAAAGUGUAGUCUAUGCACACCAGAGGAUGGAGAGGCUUCGAUUUAUGUGUUAAUAUUCUACUCUAUUCUCUUAACAUACAAAAAGCUAUCUGUAUUGAGCCUUAUCCAUUUCAUGUCAACCAGAGCAUCUUGUGCCUGCAAUAAAACAAAAUAAAGCCUUCAUGUGGUCCAUCUGUCUGCGGUGGGACUCGUGUCACUGAUGCUGCAGUGAGUGUGUUAAGAUCUCACCAGGCAGGAAAGUACCUGUGACUCUAAAUACUGUCCCAAAUAGGUCAUUAUCUGAUGAAAUCUUUGGUCUCCUACCUCAGACAAAGAGGGGUCAUUAAGGGCUGUGAAUAUAGUCAUUUCUGGCAUUAAUUGCUUUAGCUUUGGGUGGUGUGUCAGUUAACUGUACAGUUCUCAAAUCAUCACGAAAGCUAGCGCUGCCAUAGUUAUGGCAAAGCAACAUGGUGAGUGAAAUAGAGAAAUGUUAAGGCAAGGUUAGUGCAACAUAAAUAUCAAAAGACUGUAACUUUCACCGAUAAAAACAAACCUUAAAUGGCGCGCUUAUAUGAUGAGUAGUCUGUCUUGCAUUUCUGUCGCUUUAUUUCCCUUAUUGUAAAUCUGAGCUUUUAUUUUGAAAAGUAAACUACUUCCAGUAAGUGGUUUAUAAGUGUAUAAGUUUAUAAAUAUAUGAAUGCAGAAUUUAUGAGUAAAAACAAAAGGCAGAAAGACACAAGCUGUAAUUUUGCUAUUAGGUCGAAAACAAAUCAUGUAAUUUCAGUUUUUGAAAGUGCCGAGUCAUCCAAGGUGAGUUGCUGUAAGCUAGUUCACAGACAUGCUGAAUGACGUGCGGCAAACCAGCGUUGAGAACAACAGCUAUGAACUCAUAGUAUCUCAGUUUGAUAGUGCUAGCACAAUAUCAUUUUUUUAGUGUUUUAAUAAAGACGUUACGAUCAACGUGCUGUGAACAUGUUUUUCCAAAUUGCAGUUGUGUUCUCCUUUGAAAUAGUGAGAAACAAAAACACUGUUGUUACUCUCUGUUUGUUGUGGUUGAGCUUGUUUUUCCUACAGUUUUUACAGAUAUUUUCAGUAUUUGGCCGAUAUAUUAACCCUUCAUUUUACAGAGGGCCAAUAAAAUUGAUGUAUAAUUGAUGUAUUAAUCCCUCUGAGUUUUAGUUUUUUGCAUCACUUUGUCUCACCUUUUGUCCCGCCUAUGACACUACUCUGAUAGGGAUGGGAGAAAAAAUUGAUACAGCAUAGAAUCGCGAUAUUUUGUCUGGUGAUAUCGUAGCGUCUCAUUUACCAAGUAUCAAUUUUUUUCAAAAUAAUUGUUAAUGUGAAGUCAAAUGUAUGGUAAUGGAAAAAUAAAAUCAACUGUUUGUCCAGCGAGGUUGGCAGUGACAUCAUAGAGAAGGAGAAAGUUAGUACAACAAAUAUAUAUGUGCUACAUGAUAAUAAGACAGCGUAAAUGAGACAAACAGAAAGGAAAGACAAAUGCUAAAUUAGCUUAACAGUUAAAAAAAAAUGUAUAAAUCGCAAUAUAUUGUAUGACAGUACUCACUGUAUUGUAAAAUGUUAAAAAUCACAAUAAUUUCGUAUUGACUCAUAUUGUGGCCCAAGUAUCGUGAUAAUAUCGUAUCGUGGGGCCACUGGUGGUUACUAUCUGAUUGGUUAGACUUCAGUUGUUUAUUGUACAUGAUGUUGAAAUUUUUUGUUAUUUUUACAGUCUACACAUAUUGAUUCCAAAUAUUUGUUAUGGGCCUCAUAAUCAGUGUUGGUAUCAGUGCUGAAAACCAAUAUUGAUUGAACCUCGGAUUGCACACUGCUUUCUGCAGUGAUGGAAUGUGCCAGUUUGUGAAUGAGUAAAUAAGAGCAGCUUUUACUAAUUAAUCUGAUAAAAUUGUAUCAGAGGAUAAAGAAUAAAAUGUUUACUUUAUCGGCCCAAUAUACAUGAUAUCAUGAAAUCAUACAGCAUGAGCUUUAGAGAGGUUGCUGCCCUGGAUGUUUGACUGCAGCUUUGGCUGAGACUUCAGUGAUGGCAGGAGGGUUAUCACUCAUCACUAGCAGGUAAAACCAAGCAAAAAAUUAUUGAUUUAGCUGCAGCCCCUCAUUACUUUUUGACAGAUUGCCCCUGUGCUUGUAAUGGCUUUCAGUUGCUGACUGAAGGAUUACCAAAGUAACUCGCCUCUUGACAACCUGACUGAGUGCUGCAAUGCAGAGCCAUGAAUGUGGAGAGAAAAUGGAAGGAAUGAGAGGAUUUAUGGAAAUGUGCGCGAGGAGCUUUUGAAGAUGGUGUUGAGAACGACAUGCUCUUUGCAGUCAUGCGCGCGGUUGUUGUCAUUCUUGAGCAACCCCCCUCCUGCCCGUGGAGGCUGACUGAUCUCAACACUGCACAGAGUGUACAGUAUGUGUGUAUGUGUGUGUUUUGGUUUUGGAGACAGCGCCUCCCUGCUGUGAAGCACAGAGUUGGAGGCAGCAGGUGCAGCUGACGCAGACAGGCUUUUAGCGGGCAGGGACCAGUUGAGGGACAGAAAAGGAGAGAAUGAGUGAGAGACUACAGAGAGGAAACCACAGGAACUCAGACAAACACAGAGUCGGACCGCUGAACUGUACUGGACAAAUGAGUUUAUCGCUCCUUUUCUGGUGCUGGAACAGUAUGUGAGUACAGACAGAACAGAACCUGAGCUUAUUUUCUAUGCUGUACGUGAGUAUUGAGUGUUUUUCUUUAUGAUAACAGUGCUAAGAUAGUGUGGAGGUUAAGUAAGAAGCUGUACGACUGGAUUGUGACAGACAGGUGUUUUGUGAUUUAACCAAAUCUCUGGAAAAAGUGUAUUAAAAACUCUAAGGAUGGCAUCAUUUAAGAGCCAAGAUUAUCAUAGUUUUGAGAGAAAAAAAACUCCAGAAAUCUUCAACUCACUUUUUUCCCUCUUGCUUCUGGGACUGGGUUUCGUCUUGUCCUGCUUCUUGUAGCAUUAUCAGUGAGUGUCAAGUAACUGCUGACGAGUACAUGGUCAGCAGUAAGCCUGCAUUGACUCCGCUCUGUGCGCUUCAUUGUGACGGCAUGAGCUCCCAUCUCUGCCUGUUGAGACCGAGCGGCAUAAAAGGCAGACUGUUCAGCACGUCUUUUCAAAAGGGACAAUUGUGGCAGAGAAAGUGACGGGCGGAUCGGAGCCAAAUACAGUGUUGAGACGGUGUGCUGCCAAGAAAAAUGGCCAAACUCUACCAGCUGGUUUGCAACAGGCAUCUUAGGUGGUCGUCAAACUGAAAGAUUGUUAUUGAAGUUUGUCACACUGUGGUUUUCAGAUUUCAAACAUGAAUCAGUGUUGAGUUAGAAAAUGAGCAGCUCGUAUUGAUCUUUCUAAAGCCUGCUUCAUACUGAUGUCCAGGGGAAUGCUGCUGCUCCGAAUGCCCUUGAUCAGUGCAUGCUUUUCUCCGGCUGUAAACCACAUCCACGCACAGCCUCUCCUCCCUCUUGUCGGUUUUCCUUCUCUGCCGUCAUUGGCUGCCUCCUCUCCAUCUGUCCAUCCUCUCCGCACGCAGACAGCCAGUAAGCGGUGCACCUCAGCCCUUCUGACGUUCGUUAUUGGCCGGCGUGUGAUGUGAAUGCGGAUACUCUCCUUUAAGAGGCAGUCUAGACUCUCUCUCUUUCUCUCUCUCUCUCUUCCUCUCUUUCUUUCUCUCUCUCCUGCAACACCACCACAACCUGCUGAUUUCUCACUCAGCUUCUCUCGCUCCCUCUUUUCUUUUCACUCCUCCUCUCCUCCUGUCGUCAGCUCUUCUUUCAUAUUUUCCCCCAUCAAUCACAUGCCCACCGCCGUCUCUUUGCCACACUGAAUUAUCACCCUACCGUUUGUGAUCCUCCUCAUUUUGUCUUUGACUUUCAUUCAUCUCCACCACUCUCUCACCUUCCACUGAUGUGAGGAGAUACGAAGGUGAGUGGAGUUGAUUUCCAAAGCCUUUUUGUCUCGGCUGUUAUCCUCUGAACCAUAUCUGUCUGCUUUUUUAACUUUAAGAACCCCUCUCCUAGCUGUGAGCAUCCUGUGUCCUUGGAGGACUGCAGCUGCGUAUGCUUCAGGUGUAACAAUUAGUCGGCACGUGUAGGAUGCUGCCAUGAGUCAUCAUCUGACGCUGCAUGUAUAUUCUUCCCGCGUGUCCCUGGAGAAGGAGGGCUAGUUAAAGAGAAGAGAGGAGGGGGGGAGUGGAGUUGAAUGAGUGCGUGGAUUGUGCAGCCGCGUGUCAAUGCAGACUGUAGCUCGUGACACAGUGUUUCGCACCAGCUGUGGCUGUGCUGCAGUGGCAUCUCUGGCAGAUUAAUGAGCACUGUGGAGCAGCGAACAGUUCGAGAAGUGAUCACUGUAAGUAGUUUAAACACCGCUUUCUCCUCACAGUCACGGCACACAACAUGUGCUUCCAGAGGUCAGUGCUGUAGCAGGUAAAACAGCGCUCGGGCUGUGAUGGAGCUGUAUAGUUAAAAUCGUCAUCUGCUAAUUCUCAAAACAGGUUCAUAUUCAGCACACGGGAGCAACACUUUGUCCUAUUAGUCUUGAAUUUGUCCUCUAGACAUCAGCUCCAGACAGGAUACAGUUCCAGACCUAAUUCAGUCCUAUCUCCCCUGUUGUGGGGCUCCUUUUUGUGUCAUCGUCCUCAUUAUAUGAACUGUUUGCCACCUGACACCCACAGGAAGACAUUGUCUGCCAGAAAUAAUCCUCAAGAGCACGUCGCCUCAGACUUUGUCUGAUUUUUCCUCCUUCAAGUGUGAAGGUGGCUGCAGUGGUUCAUUUUAAGCUCUGUAUUAGAUGCUGAAUGGUAAAUGGGUUUCAUUUAUUCUCUGCUUUUUUUUUUGCCUCAGCUGAAACAAGGCUCUAAAAACUGACCUCAAUGCUGCCUUGUCAAGUGCUGACCUGCCUACUGGGAGCAAUUUAGGGGUCAAUGCUUUUGACAUGAAGACUGGAGGAGCAAGAGAUCAUGUUUCCAACGACCAAUCAACAUCCUGAGAAUAAAAUUCAAAAGCAUCAAGGAAAAAGCAAAAUAAGAGAAGAUCAGAAGACAGAAAAAGAGAUAUUUAAGAUUGGAAAGAUGCUGAAAGUGAAUAUUUAUUUCUUGUAAAUUGUAAGUAGAUAUAUCGAGCCUUUGUCUGCCAUCUUUGAGGCCCCAGGAGAUAGGUUGUUCAAAGUGGUUACAGUUUAUAAAACCAGUUCAAAUUGGCAUCAAUUCAACAACCACAAAUUGAAAUUCUCAAAAUCCUUCAGCAGAAUAGUUCACGCUCAGACACUGCUCCUCAGUCCAAAGUCAAAGCCGUGCUUUCUUCCUGGUGUUAUGAAAUAUAAUGAGAGUGAACAACAGCAAUCACUUGGACAGCGCCCACAUCCUUGGUGGUCUCAUCUUCAGCACCUUGGACAGCGGUCGGGAUAAACACGGUCCAGAAUAUCACCUAAUAUCGAAAAAUGAAGGAUGUUCAAAAACAUAAAUUAGCCGACCUUCUGAAACGUCAACAGCAAGGCUGAAUUUGGUUGUGUUUGGUCUUGUUGUGAUCUAGCAGCCAAAGGAUUCAUUAUCAGUCUUUUAAUCUUUUAGUAGCUGAUACACCAAAGAAGCAUUUUAGUGAUGAUAACAUUUGACAGAAAUCAUUAACAGAGUUUGUCUCCAUUCAACUGAGUAUCAUUCCAAACAUGUCCUUGAAAAUGUUGAGCAAACACUCUUACUACAGGUUUCCAAAUUGAAUUCAGAGUCAGGUCUCCUGUGUGUGUUUCCCCAUUGCAGUGAUCAGUGAAACAGCAACAUAAUCAUGCAGCGCAUUCUUACCCUCGUAGCAAAAGCAAUUAUGAUCACCGACUUUGCUGUUGAGUCUCCAUUAUGACUCUGCUGCCUCUGCUUGUUUGCUUAUUAAAUGGUACUUUUAUGUGGCGAACUCGUUGAAGGUAAAUUAGACAGCAUUCUGGUCACGGACAUCAUUGCCGUUGGUUCGGACAAACGGAGAGGAAGAAAAACUGACAACCUUCACUCAUGUUGCAUAACAUGUUACGCAACUACGUUUUUUUUUUUUUUCUGUUAACUUGUGAAGAUUUGAUCGAGUCUUUUUGCCUUUUCAAAGUUUCAAGGUCCCAGUGACUCACUCGAUUGAGUCCCGUUCCCUGAGAUGGCGAGGAUUCCUCUUAUACCGCCAGCCUAUUUGUUAGGAAUCCAUUUCAUGUGAGCUUCGUUACGCAUUCAUUGCACGGGCAUAAAUCUGAAACUCAAUCUUUGGCACAGGCUGUAUUCUCUGAGUGGUUACUGUAUGUACGGAUCAAUUUAUGUAGCGAGUCGUGGCAGGGUUGUUGACUUAUUAUUCAAGGUCACAGGGUUAUAUGCCUCUUCUUCUGUGGGAAUGUUUAAACAUGCUCAGGCUGUGUUUUCUACGGGAAAACUGCUAAACAUGAGGAGAUGAUCUUACAGCUGACAAACCAGAUACUGAAAGCAGCACUCCUGGGAUUGGGAGUUACAAAGCACCAACCUUUAUCUGACACUGUCCCACAUUUUAGGGUCCAUUUUGGGUCAAGUCCAUUUGUUGGAGCUCAAGUACGUCCUUUGUUUCUGCAGGCACUACAUCGUGAUGCUCAGUCGUGUGUGAAUGAAGCAGACAUAGUUUGUUGAAUUUUGUGUCCUCGCUUCUUUAAAAGCAGUAGGAUAAUUAAAAAGUUUCCUGAUAUUUCCAAACACAUUCCUCUGUAAUGGUAAUGAAAAGUUCUGCUGCUGGCCCUCGGGUCACUGAAGUUUCCCUGCAGUGAGUUGCUCCCUGGAUGCCCUCUGCUACUUAAUACUGAGAGAGUGUCUCAUGUGGAGAAUGAAUAUUCCCACAGGCAUUAAGCAAAGUUUAGCUUAUUAUCCGUACCAUCUUAUUAUUCUAAAUCUGGAGGUUUUAGAGAUGCUUAAACUAAAAGCAGAACCAUUUAAAAGAGACAUUAAUUUCCUCUGGACAGAGAAAACCAUCAAACCCAAAGUUUCACAGAUUAUUAGACUUAAGGUUCUCUUACAUAUGAGUGUCUAAUUGGCCUCUGGGCCCUCAUGCAGUUAUUCCGGGUAUUACUUCAUUAACUGACUGUAUCCUGUAACCAUGACUAAAGCUAUUAAAGCUAAAGCACAUCAUAUUUCAACAUUCCCCUCAGAUGAGAAGAGUUUUUUAUGUUUUGGAGUCAAAGGAGAGCACUUUGAAUCCCCUCUGUAGCGCAGCAGUCAGUAAGAGUACUACACACGUCACCGCCUGACUCUGGUACUGUGAAAGUUCCAACCGGGGGAGAAAAUAGUUUUUAUGUGCACAACUGGGAGCGCUGGUAUGUGAGCUGGUGUUUCAUGUGCCACAGUCCGAUGAGUUUUCAAACGGUCAAAGCGUCAGCUGCAGCUGUCAUCAUGAGUUUCCACGUGCAGAAAGUUGUAGACCUGAUUGGAAAAGACCUUUUACUUGUGUACACCACAGACUCUAUAAAACCAGGAUGCAGUCUCAGUGACAUUGCUUGUUGCUUUUUGAUGAGGUGUUUUAAAGCCUAACAAAUGCUGUCAGCCUUAAACAAUGUUGGCUCAACUGUCAGUCAUCCUGAACACAGGCAAACAGCUGAAACACGUCCAUCGUGCUCCUGAUUAUGCAGAUUUAUACCAUGUGCUACAAGCAUGAUGGAUGCUUUAUCAAAAAAGACAAAAAUCAAACUGCAGCUUUUAGCGCUUAUGCAUCAUCCUCAUUUCUCAAGACAUGAAGUCAUCCCCUGAACUCAUUGGGCUUUUAGCAUAGACUGUGUAUAGAAUGGACGCUGUCUGCCUCCUGAAGCCAAUGUGAGAACAGCACCCUCUGGUGAUGGGCUGCAGUAUAGGUCAUAAAUCCUUAACCAACGAGCAAUCCCUAUGGAGCUGUGGACAAACUUUAAAAAUAUAUUACACAGAACAUACAUUUUUUUCCCCCCUGCUUGCGAUGUUGAUAUAUAGUUACUGUAAGACUGGUUUGUGCUCAAGUCCUCUUUUUUCUGUACAGCUCUGUUUUUAAAAGUUAUAAAGGGGUUUUCUAUGAUUGACACUUGAAACAGCCUAUGGGCGUACAAGGAUUGCGUAGCUCGACUGGGGGAUACGCUGUUUGAACCAAGCGACAUCACAGCGACUCUUGGAGACUCUCCCGCUGAAUGCGUAUGACGCUACUGCAUCAGUGGUGGAGUGCGUACAACGCUACUGUGCAAUGUUGGUUUCAGGAAGUGGAGAAAAACCCGUAAAUACGGAGAACUUUUUGGCUUCAAAUCCGUAUGCUGGCGGAAGGCGGAACCAAGUUGUCCAUAGUAUAUACAGUCUAUGAUCUUUAAGAGACAACCUCUUGUGGGCACUUGAGGAGCUGCAGUUGUAGCCCCGCCCACAGUGGCUUCUCUUUUCAGCAGGUUAAUUUGCAUGCCCCCCCAUCUUUCCCAUGCUCAAGCACAGUUAGAGAUUUUAAAGUAGUUUAAAGAUGGACUACAGUGUUUACUACGGCGACUUGUUUGAGUGCAGCACAGACCGUCUCCUGUCAUGAUAGUGAGUCUGUUUCUGCACACUGGAGGUCCAUGUUUAACUUUGUGGUCCUCCUGUGGCGGAGGGAUUCCCCACCUUAAACAUUUGUGCAGCUCCUAGAGUGAGGCCUCCUCCUGUCAACACACUGACUGUUUAACCUGUUAUUUAAACAGCACUUCUCAAAGGUGCUUUAGAGGGUUUUGAAGAGCACAUUUGAUCCUAAUUCACAUGGUAACCUUUAAGUUUACUUCCUGAAUACAUAAAGACUGAAUGUGUCUCUUUAAUGAAUCUGACUUUUGUAGCACUUAAGGAAUCCAAUCGUGGCUUUAACUGGUAUAUUAAGUCAUGAAUAAUUGACUCUGUUGACUUUUAGCAGCACCACUUUUCCUGAUGGACAUGAGCUGAUAGUCGACACACUGAAGUCACAAACCCUGGAGUCUCUGUCUGAAAAUUUAAGUCCAGAGGCACUGAUCCUCCGCUCUGAUCCUUCACGCUGAUCUGUCUCGGCUGAGAAGAGAAUGUGCCUUCAGGGAUCAGUAAAAUAUCACAUACAUUUUAGACAGUCUCUGUCAGAUUUUGCACUCGCUGAGCUUUCUUUCAUUGGAAAAAAAAAAAAGGAAAUGUUUUUUAACUCUGAGCGAAAAAUACCUUUUACUGUCUGCUGACUCAUGGAGGUCCUGGAGGGGACCUGAUCAAGAGACAAGUUAUUAUCAUCCUUGUAAAGUGUGUGUUGUGGUUCAACAAAGGACAAAGGAUAGCUGUUUGUGACCUCAACUGUUCCAGAUGUUGGUCGGGGGGGGGGAGAUAAGUUGCCGCAGGCUAUUUAGAAAGGAGCUGCCUGCCCCCACGCGAUGUGGAGCUCACAGUCCGUUCCUGCCCAGAGAAUGGCCCCAAAGCUGUUUUGAUUUAAUGCUCCCCAUUAACAAUUGGCUUAACCAUAGAGGGGAAAAGUGCUGCCAUUAACUGGGACGACAUGACUUUGAUGAUGAGGCACAGACAAAAGACGAAGAGGAAAAAGAGCCCUGAUUAAGUCAUUUGUGGUGGAGAGGUUUCUCAGGGACCACCAGAGGCUGCAGUGUUGGUGGCCUCAACAUCAUUAUCAUCAUUGUUGUUGGGAUGUAAAAAUGACUUCUUUACAUACAGUCAGGAAACAUGGCAUCUGUGCUUACAGGCUGUUUUGUUGGGUUAAGUCAUUGUACUGAAUUAUAAUUUUUAAAAAAAAGUGAACCAAGGCUGCACGAUAUUGGAAAAAACUAACAUUGCGAUUUUUUUCAACCCUGCGAUAUAUAUUGCGAUAUUAAAAAAUACAGGAAUUUUCACCAGAUGACCUGAAUAGUACUUGAUGCAAUGCUGCACUGCUGAAAUCUUGAGGGCAGUUAACCUGCUCUGAUCUUACCUCUUUUUGUGAAUGUUAGUAGAAUGGCUUCUGUCUGUCUCAGAGAUAUUUUUAGCUUUUAUUGUGCUGGGACGUUAUUGUGGCAACAGAUGAACACAGAACACGUGUUUUGGUCGACAUCAUCCAUCUUGUAACCGAAAUAAUUCCAGAUAACUGACUUUCCUUUUCUUUUUGCCAACAAGUCUUCAUCUUCUGUGGUUUUCUCUGUUUGUUGCUCAGUUUGCGAUUGUUGUUGUUGUUGAUAACGGGGUUGAGCUGAGAAACGCAUGUCCUCCGAGAAUUGCAUGCACCUCACAAAACGCGCACUGCUUGUAGUAGAGUGGUCCACGGAAAUGUACAAUUUAAAACCCAUACAGUUCUUAUUUGUGGGGCUAAACAGUGAUGAAGAAUGUUCCGAAAGUAAUUCUCAGCGGACACGCGUUUCUCGGCUCAACUCCGGUAGCGCCAGCGAUUCACUCCAUGUGCAGAACAUGUGCAGGGGUGGGUUUCCUCUUCUCUGAUUUUGAUUGACAGCUGGCAGGGUAGUCUGGUUGGCAACUGAGUAGCACAUGCAGAGUCACAUGCAGUGUAUCUCAGUCAGUUACCCUUGAAAUUAGAUGAGUUCAUUCACCUCCGACAUCGCAGGCUCUGCGAUGUGACUAUCGCACACAUGUACAUUGUGAUGACGAUGCUCAAACGUGCAGGCCUAAAGGGAACUCUUAAUUUCUUUUAAAGGUUUAGGACGCAUCUUCAUGAAGCCAAAGUCAGUUCAGUUUUAAUUGGUGUACAAAAUCUGCAGGCUUGUUCCCAUGAGGGCCGUAGAAACCUUCAUAGAUGUGGUCGCCGUGAAGUAAGUUGCGUGUUUGGAUCUCUGUUAAAGAAACAUGAUUCAAACUUUUAUGCAGAUUUUUAGGACCCACUAAAUGACACAGAAGACCUCUGAGAGGUUUUAUGCUUCCAGCUGUAGAAGUUAGUUACCUGGGCCCCAAAAGUGCAGUUUUUCCCUCUCCCACAUCACUGCUGAUGUUCUUGCUGCAUUGCAGUCUUAACAUAAAUCCUUUCAGUUUUUUUUUAUUUUGUACUGCAGCGAAUUGUGUCUGAACUUGUUCCUUUGUUACAAAACUUGUGUGUACCUUUGACUGUCACCCGGUGAGUGCAGUGGUUGCAGUCAUGCUGAGACCGAAAGAGCAAAGAUUAGGAGGAUAAUGUCAUUUGUCACGCAACCCACAUCCACCACCAGGCCGUCUACGAAAGUGACUCUUGGUUAACAUUUCAGGCUUAAUCGCACGCACUCCAGAAAAGUGCUGCGAUAUCACGAUGCCAAACAUCUGAUAUCCUUGAUGGUUCAGCCUAUCACCAGCUUUCCCUGUCAGUCAUCAGUGCCAGUGUUUGAGGUAAUCUGCUGACAUGAAAACAGUCGAUUUUACAGCCAAAGGAGGAGCGGUAAAACAAGAGCAGGUUUGGCAGAGGAGUCUGCCGCCCUGCUGUGUGAGGAUAAGGUGUUAAUAGUCCACUCUGGCGUUGGAAGCAUCGCUCAAAUCUCACUCUGGACACCGUGAGCUUUUUAUAGCCUCUCUGCUGACAGCAGGCCCUUCGGAUCCGCCUGAUUUGAUUUCUUUGAAGUGCAGGCUGUGAUUUCCUAUUGUGGCUAUCAGAAAUGUCCCCAGCUUUCCCCCCCAGCGGUGUGUGCGCUGGAGUGUCUCUCCUAUUUCAAUCCAAACCAAACCUGCACAGUCAUCAUUUAAUCCCAAACCUCUUCUUUUUCAUGUCUUUAAUUCUCCUCCUCCUCCUCCCCCCUUUGGCCCCUCCUCUCCUUUUGUUUUAGCUUUUCUAAGGAAGUCACAUGGAGGUGUUGUCAGAUCCUUGCUGCCGUUGAAGAUGAGCGAUCAUGGCUUAUGACACUAAUCUGUCUGUGUCUCCUCUCUCUUGUUUUUUCUGCAGGUGAAGGAAGGUGCAGACAGGCUGUCUCACACUAAACUAUGGAAUGCUCCCUGCACCCACCAUCAUUAGUCUCCAAUCUCUGGACUGAGCUCCAAACGCUUAGUUAGCGGCUGUGCUUCUCCCCUCGAACUCUUUAUAACCAGGGGAAGAAGAAAAGGAGCGGGCUUUGAUAAGUCCUCCACAAAAAAGCGCACAGAGCACCUCUGUUAUUUGAUUAGAUCUUUAAGCCUCACCGUAUUUCUCCGCUUGGAUUUUCCUGUGCUGAAAUCCCAUCAAGAUGGAUCUGGAACCGUAUCUGUGGAUGGUGAUCACUGGCUUCAUCAUCGCCUUCAUACUGGCCUUCUCAGUGGGAGCCAAUGAUGUGGCCAACUCCUUUGGCACAGCGGUGGGGUCCGGAGUGGUCACGCUGAGGCAGGCCUGCAUCCUGGCAUCCAUCUUUGAGACCCUGGGCUCCAUGCUGCUGGGGGCCAAAGUGGGAGAGACGAUUCGGAAGGGCAUCAUAGACGUCAGCCUGUACAACGAAACGGUGCCCGUGCUCAUGGCGGGAGAGGUCAGCGCCAUGGUCGGUAAGUCGAAGUGAAUUUGACAUCUAGUUUAUUAACCUGCAGCUGAUGCUUUGUGUGUUCAGUGUGUUCAAUAGUCACAUGACUGUGUGUUCAGUCAUGUAGAUGUCCCUCCUCUGCUGCUUUGCUUAUUCAAAUCACUGGAAGGGUAAACCUCAUAUCGUUUUCAGACUGUUCUGAAAAAUGUAUCUUCACAGGAGGACUCCUGCUGUGUAUCAAACCUAGACGCAGACCUCAUAAACAGACUCGCAGAGCCCUGCAAUGCCGUAACCAGAGUUCAUAAUGCAGCAGCCGCUCUCUGUUUGUCCAAACUGUUCCAAAGAAGAGAGGCAGCGCUCAUCGCCUCUUCAAAUGUUUGAACUCUGAGGUUUUCCUGGAGGGGAAGUCUUCAGCCACAUUUCCCCCAAUGUGUGUUUGUGGCUCCACAUAGGAAACUAAGCUGCUCCGGCUCAUAAGCCCUACAGUGUUUAUUUAUUUUUUCAAGUUUAUUGCAGAACGUUGACCAUCAAUUUUCUAAUAUAAUAAUAUUUGGGAGAUGGUAUAAAAAGUUUCAAAACUCUGAUGAAUCAAAAAUGAAACUCAUUUUCUGUGAGACACAAGCAUGAGCUGUUGAGUAACAAUAGCAGCUUUACACAUCCAUGUAACAUUACCUCAGUGAAUAAACAGCUGAGGACUGAAAACAAUGGAGUUCCCGUCCAGACAAUCCUCUCUUUUAUCAUGCGCUGACUGCGAGGAAGCUCUGAUAAAUAAGGCCAUAUUAUGAACAGGGGAUUCCCAUGUGGGUGAAAACUCAGGUGUGGCCGACUAGUUUUCAUAAUCUUGAACAGGAAGCAGCUUUCACUGGCAUAUUGUUUACGCAGGAUUUCAUGGGUUGUUUGGAUAAAAGAGGGAAAGACUUUUAUUUUGUCUCACAGUUUGUUCUUUUCUCUGGAGUUCUUGCUUUGACCAAGUCUUCCUCAGUACUUUUUAUUUAAUCAGUGGAGUAUUGUGAGAUAUUUGAAUGAAAGUGUUCAGGUUUUUGUGAAACUGUGAUGGUUAAGGCUUCUGUGAAGGCUUUUUUGACAUUCAUAUAACAGACUGACAUUCAGGUUGAAGACUUUUCAUGAUACCCAAAAGCAAACAAGGCCAUCAGUACGACGGAGUAUUAGAGCCACAUUGAGAAAAAAAAAAUUAAGACUUUGAGAUUAAAGUCAUUACUAAGGAGAAUAAAGUUGUAAUAAAAUCAUUAUGGUACUUAUGAUAAUGCGGUGCUGAUGUGCCAAAACAUUAAGUGUCUCCUUGUUUGAGAAACUUAUAUUGAAGUACAUUUUCACAAAAUGCUUCAAGGCUCUCAUUACAACAGCUGUCAUCUUAAACAACAGUUUUGAAUAUAAGGACUUUAUUUUGACUUUAUACCUGUAAGUAAUUACUUUAUUAAAACUUAAUUCUUGUUAGUAAUGAUUUUAAUACGACUUUAUUCCUGUAAGUAAUUACUUUAUGACCUUUUAAUCCUGAAAUUUUGACUUUAUUCACGUAACUGUUUUUUUUUAUCUCGAAAUUUCGAAUUUUUUUCAUUUCAACUUUUUAAAAUUUUUACUUUAAUCUCAAAAUGGAAAUUUCAAAAAUCUCCCCCCUGUGAUUAUUUUUUUUCUCUUCUUGUUGCCCUCGUCCUCUUUUGUAUAUCAUAAUUUUUAAGGCCUCAAACUGUUUCAAGAGGGUCGGAGUCAGUCAAGCAGCUGAAGAAACACUUUUGUUUUUCAAACCAAGCGAAGGCUGCUUUGUCCACAGGGGGACGCCAAAAUUGACACAAACUGAACGGAGCUUUAAGAAAAAAAGUGUCUAAACUUCUCAGAUUUAAAGGAACUUGAAAAAAACGUAUUUCUGAUAUUUUUUUACAGCCUUUACUGUCAUUUAAAAUUUUGCGCAGUCUAAUCUUUUUAAAAACUGAACUAUGAAGCGAAACAAACAACAGCAGAGUUUUAUCAAAUGAGUACAAAUGCGGCUUUUUCCUCCCUGCUCCCAGCCUGUUCUUCUCCAUCUUUCAGAGCUACAUUUAUGGAGAAUGGUUGCAAAUUAAAUGAGAAAAAUGUCCUGACUUGUGUGUCUGUUUUGCCUCCAGGAUCAGCAGUCUGGCAGCUAAUCGCCUCCUUCCUCAAACUGCCGGUCUCUGGGACUCACUGCAUUGUUGGCGCCACCAUCGGCUUCUCCAUGGUGGCCAUCGGCACCAAGGGCGUCCAGUGGAUGCAACUUGUCAAGAUCGGUAUGGGCUGGUGGCUGUAUGAGCCGCGUGUCUGUGUUCCUGCGCUUACAUAAGAUCCACUGCAUGCAUAUGAGUGGUGUACGCAUAAAUAGUCACGUAAAUCCUGCUGAAUACUAACUGUAAAUCAGCUCUCUGGGGUUUUCUGGUGCAGCUAAAAGGGAGUUUGACUUCAGAAGGGUUCUCAGACUUUGUGGUCAGCAAGUCCAGCUCCCUCAGCCAUUUCACACAGUGAGCAAUGUGCUUCAGAAGUGGCAGAAUAACCGAUUUCUGCAGUAUCAGGAGCCUCAGUAGAGCUGCAGGAUAAAGACAAACUGAAACACUCUUCUGCUUUAUCUCAGGAGUGACUGUGACAUUUAUUAACCGGCAGCUUUGUUAUCAGAGUCUGUACAUGCUCCUUAAAAUUUCAUAGCUUCUCUUGGAUGUGAGGGGAUUACUAAAUAAGGUCAAUAAGAAACAGAUGAUGACUCACGGAGGAAGGAUGAUUUCUUAUUAAUGGGUGAUUUCACUUUUUAGCCAGAGUAUACAUUUUUUUCCUGAUGAUGUUCUCCUCUCCCUUUCCAGUGGCAUCAUGGUUCAUCUCGCCUUUGCUCUCUGGACUCAUGUCUGGACUCCUCUUCAUGCUCAUCAGACACUUUAUCCUCAGCAAGGUGGGCACACAGUUACCCCUAAACCCCCAAGGUUGUCAUCUGUGGAGUCAGCUGUAAACUUUCUGAUUGUUGCAGUUUGGUUUUUGUGUCAGAGUGACACCGCCAGCGUGCCGAGUGAUGUGUUGAUCCACGUGUUGAAAUAACUCGUACACUGAGUUACACGUGUACGCACAAAACUUGUCCAAAGAACUUCAGCACAGAUAAAAUCCAUUUGAUUUGGCAACAUUCACGGAUCUGCUAUUAUGUAAGAGGCAAUCUCUGGCAGACCAGGAGAAGGAAAGUGUUGUAGAUCAUCAUAAGGUCACAACUGCAGGAUUAUGUGUGUGUGAGUCAUAGGAUGAUGAUUUGUCAUCUGGACUGGAGAAACUGUGCAGCUGGGUCAAAGUGAGGAUGGGUUUAGCGCCCUCUCUGCAGACUCUUUGCAUCUCAUUAGUCUGAAUAUGUGAUUUUAUUAUCUAUGGUUUGCAGAAACGUCAAGAUGCUGGAUUCACUCUCAGAUGUGAAGGUUUUACAACAUACAAAACAUCAUCAAACUGCCCAUAAACCGGAGUCAAUUGCUUCAUAUCAAGUUUGACUUCGUGAUGUGCUUUUUAUUAUCCCCACACCCACAUUUUAUGAGGUGUCAUCACGACAAAAAAACACAAGGAAUCAGAGUGCAAAGUUUUCCACAAAUAACCUUGUUUACAUUUGAGAGCUGCUGAUCCGUUUGCUAACACGAGCUGUGACUGUGAUGACACUUUGAAGACGGGAGCUUUCUUCACCAGAGUGUUGUUUAGCUCGUGGGAAGUUCACAUCCCCUCAGGAUCUUUGUGAUAUGAUGGCAGCUGCUGAUGAUGCGAGGCGGGUCAUCUUGAAUAAAAACUAAACAGGACUGAUUAAUGGAAAAGUUUGAUGUUUUUAUUUCAUUAUUGCGUCACACAGCUGUUUUUUUUUUUUGCAUUUAUGUCCUCUAUUCUGCUUUGGAUAGGUCACUUUUAUUCCAUUUUUCUAUCACAGUAUUGCACAAAGAAGACUAGCGUCAUCCUCACACCAACUCUGACUUAUUAUUGAUUCAUCUUUUCAUUAUUUGGAGUCGUGAAAAAAUGAAACUUGUCCUUACUUGUUUCAAAGGUCCAUGUUGAUUUUAAAAUGUCUCGUUUAACCGAUUCAUCAGAAGUUCAGUUCACUGUCAUGUAAGACGUAAAAAUGCGGUGUGCACGUCUCAGAAGCUCAAACAGUCAGCAGCAAAAUCACUGAAACUGUGAAAAUAGGGUGAGCCAUUUCUGCCACUAAUUAUGAGAGUUGCUGAUAAUAGUUUUUAUUAUUCAUGUACAGAACCAUAAUUAUGUAUUUUAGCAAAGCAUAAGAGAAAAUCCCAGAUCGUUAAAACUCGACACAGCUUAGUAUCCUGAUAUCUUGUCUGGUGAUAUAUAGUAUUGUCUCAUUGACCAAAUAUAGAUGUUUUUCAAAUUAAUUGGUAAUGUGAAGUCAAAUCUAUGAUGAUAAAAAAACAAAACUGUUUGUCCAGUGAGAUUGGCAGAGGUCACAUGAUAGAGCAGGAGAAAGUUAGUGCAAUAAAUAUAACAACACCUGGGGAAAAACAUUAGAAAUUCAAGCAGGGCACAAAUGAGAUGGACCUGACAUACGAGGUUUGCAAGAUGUGCUAGAUAAAAGUAAAAUACUGUGUAAAUAAGACAAACAUAAAGGAAAGACAAAUGCUAAGUUAGUUAAACAGUUGAAAAAACGGUAUAAAUUGCAAUAUAUGGUAUUGCAAUACUCAAUAUCAAGUAUCAAGUAUCGUGAUAAUAUCAUAUCGGUCACUAGUGAUUUCCACCCCUACUGAUUCUGUUUUUUUUUUUUGUUUUUGUUUUUUUUUUUUCAAAGCAAUGAUUCAUGAUUUCUUUUUUUACUAUCACUCAGUAAAUUCUCCUCUCCACAUCUCUAUAGAAUUAAACCUAAACCCCCCCUUUGAUUGUUUGAUGUAGUAACAGAGACAAUAAGAGAAAACCCUAAUGAAUGUCUCCUCUCCACAGGAGGACUCUGUCCCCAACGGCCUACGAGCGCUGCCCCUCUUCUACGCCUCCACCAUCGGGAUCAACACUUUCUCCAUCUUGUACACUGGAGCCCCAUGUGAGUGCUGCAGGACACUUUUGUAUUCUGAUGAAGAUUAAGUCUGACACUGACGUACGAUCAAAUUAUCAUCCCGGUCCUAACUGGUGCCGCCGGUGUCACUGGCGUGUUCAAAAUUCCUUUUGGAGGUGUGAUGGGAGUAUAAGUCGAAAUUAAUACUCUGAAACAGACUGUGAGAUGCUUUUUCUUACACCUCAGUGUGUGUGUGUGUGUGUGUGUGUGUGUGUGUGUGUGUGUGUGCGUGCACGUGUGUGUGUGUGUGUGUUCUUGAAUUGCAGUGCUCGGGUUAGAGAUGCUGCCCAUAUGGGCCAUCUUCCUCAUCACUUUAGCGGAGUCGCUGGUCUGCGCGGCUCUGGUUUGGAUAUUCGUUUGUCCCUGGAUGAGGAGGAAAAUAGCAAGUAGGUAUCUGUGUGUGUGUGCGUUUUUGUACUUCUGUUUGUGUGUCCACUCUUUCUCACGCCAUGUGAAACCCCAGCCCUCUAACCCGGGUCUAGUAACAGAGCUGGAGCUUCUGCGUGCUCACUCUGUGCCAUGACACCAAGCAAAGGAUGCCAGGGGAUGUGCUGGCCUCUGCCAGCACCGCUGAGGCCACUAAAACAACUCUGUGAACUCUGUGUAGUACUCCACGGCCCGCAGUGGAGGAGGCUUUCAGAUCAACAUUCAGGAUAGUUUCCUUAAUGGGAAAAUCAGCCUGCAGCAGAGCAGACCUGUUUUAAAACACGUGGUAGAAAACAAUGGAAAGAUUGGUCAGUGGAAUAGUUGAGAGUGCAUAAAGCAGCUAGUCUGUUAAAUUUGACUAAAUGUCAUCCAGAGUGAGCUGCAGUUCUUAAACUCUAGUCCCACAAAUCUGAUAAACAUGAGACGGUAAGAUCAGGAUGAAGGUAAACGAAGCGUUAAUGUCCACGCUCAAGCUUAAAAUAGACGCUUUCCUGAAAUUUUCCUCCAUCAACAACGACACACAGCUGAAACUGAUCCAACCUGUUGCUUAACAUGUCAAGACCCCCGCAUGCCUUCGAGGAUUAGAGGUGAUGUUAUCGACCCUAAUCUGGAAACAGCUGCAUCUGUCACAGUGAAGCAGGGGACACAAACUGAGUUUGUGUGUUUGUACUCAGGCCUGUUUUGAGGAGUACGGGGCAGCGAGUCUAUCAGCGCCGGGAUUAGUUUGGAUCAGCUGAUGGCUGUACUUGUGUUGGUGGAAUGUUGCUGCAUAGCUUUCACUUUUAGGACUCCAGGGAAAGUUUUCCUGACUUUCUCUUAAGAGUUAUCGUUGAGAUUAGAGUAACUUUACAGCGUCAUUACAAACAUUAUAUGUAUUAGAAGAAAUGACAAAAGUUAUCCUUGUGCUUUCUUAGAACAGUGGUUCUCAACUGGUCUCACUCUGGGACCCAUGUUUUCCCAUGAUCCUCAAGUUGUGACCAGCUUUUUACAGAAUUCAAAUGAAGCAAAUUUAUAAAAAUAAAAAACUUUAAAGACUCUAAUCUCUAACAUAAAUCCACUUUUCUGUAUAUGCAACUACUGAAGCUGCAUAUACAGAAAAUAUAAAAUAUCUAAAAAAUUUCACAUGAAAUAUUUACUUCUGAUUCGUCAGACAUUAACUACAUUAUUCAAACACUAUAAUACAAAAUACAUUGUGUUUGCAUUCUUAGAAGAGCUCAGAUUUAUAUCUAGUUGAAGUGUUUUGUUUCUUCGGGGCAGUCUCUCACUUUAGCCUUUCAUCACUUGAUCCCCUGCAGGUCGACUAAAGAAGGAGCAGGCUCUGUCGAGGAUCUCUGAUGAGAGCCUGGAUAAGAUCCCCGAGGAGGAGGAAGAGAGCCCCGUCUUCAAGGAGCUACCAGGGGCCAAGGGCACGGAUGAGGCUGUGCUGCCGCUCACCGGCAGCAGCGACCGCAGCACCCGCGAGUCCAGCGGAGAGCUCACCAACCUGGCCAACGGAGGCACUGUCCUUCCGAACGGCAGGGUCUACGGUAACACUGGAUUCUUGUUUAAGAUGUGCCAGAAAAACACUUUCCACAAAAACUCAGGACCAUAUUAGAUCUGUAAACUUUUGUAGGCUGCGUUUUUAUGACUUAAGAUGUCAGCUCUCAACAAAAAUAUAGGCUGAGCAAAAAGCACAAAAAUAGUGAUAAUUGAGCCUAAUUGCAGCUUUUGCAUCUCUAAAAUAAACCGUUGUUGUAUUUCUGGUGUCUGUGGUUGAACUUAGUAGCUGCUGGAUACUCCUCCGUCACCGUUUUGUUGUCACAUAUUCACGACAGCCCUUCUCUCAUUUAGGCCGAACUCACUCCAUGACAAACGGCUGCCUUAAGUCCCCCGUCUCUAACGGCAGCUUCAGCUUCGAUGGCCACAUGCGCAGCGAUGGCCAAGUCUACCACACAGUGCACAAGGACUCAGGUCUGUACAAAGACCUCCUUCACAAGAUCCACUUGGGCCGCAUGGACGACAGCGAGCGUUCGGGGUCCAACGCCGGCGCUGCUGACAACAAUUACCGCCUGCUGCGCCGCAACAACAGCUACACCUGCUACACCGCGGCAAUAUGCGGCAUGCCCGUCCAGCCGCUCAUCCGCACGGAGUCACGUGACGACAGCGAAAAGCUGGUGGGAGAGGGAGGGGGCAGGAGCAACAGCGUGUCCUACUCCAAGAAGAGGAUACGCUACGAUAGCUACUCAUCGUACUGUAACGCCGUGGCAGAGGCAGAGAUCGAGGCGGAGGAGGGUGGGGUGGAGAUGAAGCUGGCCACAGAGCUGGAGGGGGUGGAGGAAGAAGGAGCUCCGGCCCCGAUGCCGCUGGACGAGCUGGCCGAGGAGGAUCAUGAGGAGAAGGAUAAGUCCGAGGUGUUCCAGCUUUUCCACUUCCUGCAGAUCCUCACCGCUUGCUUCGGCUCCUUCGCUCAUGGAGGAAAUGAUGUCAGGUGCUGCCUCCUGCUGCUUAUGAGACACACAACAUCCCAAACAUCCACUAAUUGAGAUCCUCUCAGAGCACAUAUUUUUAUAGCUGAAACUGUGUUCACAUCAAAGUGUUGUCAAAAAUAGAAAACCCAGCCUUACUCUGCUGCCUGUGGUUCUUCUCCGCUUUUCGCAGUAAUGCUAUUGGGCCCCUGGUGGCGCUGUGGAUGAUCUACGACCAGGGUGGUGUGAUGCAGGAUGCUGCCACUCCUGUUUGGCUGCUGUUCUACGGUGGUGUGGGUAUCUGUGCUGGUCUGUGGGUGUGGGGCCGCCGUGUCAUCCAGACCAUGGGGAAAGACCUGACUCCCAUCACCCCUUCAAGGUGAGAGAGCCUCAGCAUGGGGGAGUGUGUGUCUGAGUGUGUGUGUGUGUAUGUGUGUGACUAGAGGAAAAGAUCACUGCAGCAUGCUUGGUCCGCUCGCUCUGAAAAGCCUCGCCAUGCUGACGUACGCAGGUCUACUCAGCAACAGCUCCUGUGGUGAGUGUUUAUCUGCAAACAGCUGUUUAAAAAUGUCAAACUCACACAAACACACAAACACACGCCGUCUUUAAACACUAUUGAAGCAGAAAAUGCGAUCCUACUGACGGUGAAAAUCCAUAAAACUAAAGCAGCACAAUCACUGCUGAAGUGGCUGCUCUGCCGGAGGAGCCCUCUGUUUACAGGUACUGUCAACUUCUCUGACUAGUUAAGAGUCUGUAUUCAAACAGAGCUGCUGCAUGUAAUAGACAUCACACACACAGACUCACACACAUACACACGAACAACCUGCAAGUCCAAUUUGUUGGAUUUUUAAUAUGUAGUUGCAUUUCUAAUCAUUUCCACUACAUAUCAAAACAGUUUUUUAAAUACAACAUGAAUAAUAUUGUACAUUUGACAUCUUAAGAUUGCAUCAAAAAAAAAAACAUUGAUGAACUUUUUUGAACUCUAACAAAAACUACUUCCAUUAGUUGAUAUCAAGACUUUAAACUUUGCAAGAUCAGAUUUUUCCUGCUUCAAAACAUCUUCCUGGGGGAUAAAAUAGCAACGAUACAAACUCUAUCUUUCCUCUUCCUUUUCCACGUUACAUAACAUUUAUGAAUAAAUAAACAGCGUACAACACAUAAAGCCCCGGGGCCCCCUUCGCCCUACAACCUCGGCAGCGGACAUCACGCAGCCUUAGCCGCUGACUGUUGCUCCUCUGUCCUUGACAUUGAUCUUCCUCUCCUCCUCUCUUUUCUCCCGCUGUCCUCUUGCUUCCCACGCAUUAGCCCAAGAGAAAGUGUGUGUGUGAGUGAGUGUGCAUACGUCAGUGUUGUUUAUGCGUUUCGUGUCAGCUCCAAGAAGCCAGCCUCUGCGCCUGUAGGUCGUCACGCGGCGAGUGCACCGUAUGUGUGCGUGCACGCAUGCAACUCGGGGUCUAAUUGUUCCAGUUAUUUAUUUGACGGUGCGUGUUGGUGAGUGCGUGCGUGAGUGUGUGUACACUGUUGCCUGGCAGGAACAUCACACAGGGUUUCAGGAAGUUGUUUGGCAUUUUGGAUGGAGAGAAGUGGAGCAAGGCAGGGUGAGGGAGGGGCAAAGCCACAGUGGGAACCCUGGCCUCUCCAGUGCAACCACAGGGAGGGACGCCAGCCUGACUCCAUCUCCUCGCACUUCUCUUUUUCCCCUCUGGCCUCCUCCUCCUCCUCUUCUUUUUUUCAGAUUCCUUCCUAACCUCUCUUUUAAACCUCCAUCCUUAGCUGUGAGGUUAACCACCUUCCCCUCACUUCUUCCAUUUCUUCAUCCCUUCCCGUUUUCUUUCUCUUCUUCUUUCAGCAUCUUUUGUCUUUCUGAUGAGAUUUUCACCUUCAUGACUAUCUUCUCUUCUCACGCUCACUUCCAUCUCAUUAUUUCCCCCUCUUUCUUUAUUACUCCUCUUUCCUGGCCCCUCUUUUCUCUGCGCCUUUAUUCUGUCUUACUUAAUCUCCGUCUUCCAUCACUAGCUCAGUCCUUUGCCAGGCUUAAAGACAGAUUCGCUCUGCUUCACAGCUCUAAAGGCUCUCUGUCCUGCAGUGUCUUUUUCCAAGCGUCGACCUGACAAAGAACUUUGUUUGGGGACAGGAAAGUGUGUGUAUCUGUGUGUGAGAGCAGUUAAGUGUCUAUGGCUGCUGGUCAUAUAUUAGAGCAGGCAGCGUGGACCGUUCAUCACGACGGUAAAAGCUGUUUCCUAACUUGAAAUCUGGAUUUUCAUCAGCGUGUUCGGCUCACCUGUUGAACUGCUGCAGGGACAGACUAACACAGUUAUUGCUGGCUCUUUUGAAACUUUGCCACUCUGAAAACAGGCUUUCAUGCCUCUUAGUGAGGAGCUGAUCCUGUGUGGCACAUAGACACAUGAUGAUCCAGCUUCACUAAUCAGUUGAAUUCUCCUUUGAGGCAGUGAGCUGUGUUUUCUUACCUCUAGUGACCUGAAAUGUUGAGUUUUGGAGGUGAGACUUGAGACAGAAGGGAAACAAAGUUGUAACAUGUGAAAACAAUGAAGACUAAAUCUGGUAUUUUGGAUGCCAGCUCACAGUCACGGCUUAUUGUGACACCUAAUAAGAAAGAAAGAUGUUUUUUUUUUCCCCUCCUUGGAGAGUCAAAACAUCUGCUGUGAAAAAGGACUUGUUCUUAAACACACUUCCUGAUCACACCCUCUGCAGAGCAGGUUUCACAACUCUAUAGGAAGACUGUGAAGGAUUACGUCAUCACUAGCUGCGUUCACAUGGGCAUAAAUAAUCGGAAUAAAAUGCCAAACGGAGUAUAAAAGCGUCAUGUAAACAUGUCAAUCGGAAAAUUCUGAUCCAAUUCGGCCUAAUCGGAAAGAAAUUGUAUUCUGUAUGAGAGGGGAGGUUUAUGCCGAUCAUUAUUCCGAAACUUAUUCCAAUCGUGACUCACUAACCUGACUCGAUCUUCACUCUUAAUCAGAAUAAAGUACCGAUCCAUCCAUAUAAACAUCGGGUUCAGAUUUCUGAUCUCUCAAAUUUUUAUUUAUCGAGGCCAGUACAGGAGGUUUCAUUAUUAAGACUCUGGCAUGAAUCACAACCGCAGGAGCCGCGUCUGCUCCUCCGAUAAUGAAACAAGGCAUAGGCGUACAUACAGCGUAAUGAUGUCACAUCUGAAAAAUCCUGCAUUGGAUGAAGUGAGCCAGUACUGUGCGUUUGUUGGUUUGUUGAUAGAACAGGCGUAAAUACAACUCUUCUUCUGUGGUUAUUGUUUUAGUGAAAUUGGACAACUCUGUACAUGUCCAAAUGCUUUUAAUCUGAAUAAAGUUUGGUGUAGGGCUGGGGGAUAAACUGAAAAUUUACCAAUACUUAGGCCUGUCACGAUAACAAAUUUUGCUGGACGAUAAUUGUGCUACAAAUCAUUGCCGAUAAACGAUAUUAUUGACACCGUUUUUUGAAUUAUAGAAAAUGAUAAUAUAUGGCAUAAUAAUGCGAGUACACCAUGUCAAAAGUGAUAAACUUUAAUUUCCGCUGUCUGUCAGCGCGCACCAUUUUGCGGUGUUUUGUUUAUAUUUGCUUUGCUUACCAAACGCUUCAGUAAGCGGUACCUGUCGGGACGAUGGCUCUGCAGCACCUCCGGCGGUACUUUUUUUGCUCAGUUGGGGAAAAUGGAGGGGAUGAUUGUGCUUGAGGUGCGCAUGCAUGUUCGUUGUAUUCCCCUUCUUUGUCACCACAACUUUGGAACAAAUACGACAUAUCGGCUCGUCCGUAUUUGUCGGCUCACCUCUUUCAUUUGGUUUAAAGCCAAAAUAUUCCCACACUUGGGCUGUUGCGUUCGGUUUAGACACCAAAGCUGCCUUGUUCAUUCUGUUUGCUUGCUUUUCACUCAAUUGCAGCACUGUAUCCAAAAGUCUUUGUCUGUGUGCCUGUGCGCGCCAGCUCUCUCUCAAAAUGAAUAAAGAAAAGUUGGUUUUGGAUGUGUGUAGGUAGGCUAUGGUUUCAUGUCCGUUUAAGACGCUGUCCUAUGUCAGAGAUGUGACUCCACCCCGUCCAUUCUGUAACAAAGAGGGAAAGAGGUGAGGAGAUGGAGGACGGUUCAAAAAUUGUAGCAGCUGGAACAACGGCUGAAGUAGACGAAGUUAAUGUGGGAGAGGGCGAGCUGCUUGUGGAGUAGUUAUCGUCCAUUUAUCGAAUUGAACAGCUCAAUACAUCGUGAUAUUGAUUUGAGGCCAUAUUGCCCAGCCUGCAUGUAUACACACGUUAUGAUCGGAUUAUUUGAUUUUCCGUCCAUAUAAACAUCAGGAUCAGAUUUUCUGAUCUCUCAAAUUUUGAUUCAGAUCUAGAAAUUUUGCACAUGUAAACAUGGCUAAUGUUAUGUCUUAGCUAAUAUCAUGUCUUAGCUCCACGGCGCAGGGCUGCCUCCUCUCCCUUCAGUGCUGAUCACAGUCGCGCUGUCAACACCCCGGUUCCUUCCAGAUGCGUCCCGGGAGCAGCUUUCUGCUCUGCUCCACCUAAAGUACACGCCCUGUCUAUUUCUGAUGGAGCCCCUCAAGCUGCACAGAUGAGCCAGGCAAGAGGUCAGAAGGAGGAACAGAGCAGAUGCUAUUGGUUUUCUUAAAUGAAAGGUCCCACAGCAUCAUCAUUUCACAACUAUCAGUACGACGGUGUGGGCUUUGAGGCGUUUUCAAGUCAUAAGAAAAAUUAGAAACAGGCUCUCAGUUGUUACAUCCAUGCGAUAAAAUCAGCAAUAACAAGCAGAUGGCAUAAAAAACAUAAAUCAGUGCGAGGCGAUACAGAAACACACUCAUCCAUCCAUGGAGCACAUGCAACCACACUUUUGUGCAUUAUCCUGACACCUUUAUUGUGUAUGAAUGUGCGUGUGUGUUUGGAAGAGAUCUUGUGUGUGAUUGUCAUUCCUCUGUUCUUGUUGUAUGUGAGUUUCAAAGACAUGUUUAAUGUUCUCCUACAGUUAAUAUGGAUGCUGGAGUUCUAAAGGAGCCUGUGGGGAGCAGCUCAUCCCCGUACCUAACAAUGAAAGAUGUCUUUUUGCUCCCUCCUCUCCCCCCUCCCUCCCCCUUCCUCCACAGUGGUUUCACUAUUGAACUGGCCUCUGCACUCACUGUCGUGUUGGCUUCCAAUAUCGGAAUCCCUGUCAGUACCACACACUGCAAGGUAUGACCGAGCGGCCGACCCCAGCUGGCCUCUCAACUCCCCUACAGGUGUUUUCCAGGGGAGAGGGUAUUCACACUGCUGCCUAGGGCGUUGGGCUGGAAAUAAACACUUUAUGAUGGUCCUAAAAAGUCUGUAAUUUCAAAACCUGAGACGAGUUUCCCCAAACUGUCAGUGUCCGUCACUUUUCCUGCUUUAAAAGUUUUAAAAACGAGGCAGGAAGAGAUAAAUUUUCUACAACUUCGGUCUUGUUUCUUAGUUCUGGUCGUCUUUCCUAUCCGUACUCAUAGUUGUUGUACUUGUGUGAGUUAUUUAUGAGACUUGGGAGCAUGGAGACAAAGUGUUAUGACCGGGCAGGUUGUAAAACAAGCAUUGGAGUUGCUCCAACCUGAGCGAGAGGAACAUAUCCUCCUUGCUUUUUCUCAUGUCCUUAAUUUUUUAUUUUUAGUUUACUUCAUAAAUUGAACCAGACAAGUGCAGUUUAAAUUUCCUGCAGCUGAAAUAAAGAAGUUUUAACGUUUACUGGCUGUCUCCUGUGUGCGCAGCAGUGAUAGAUCAUCAGAGUUUAUUGCCUCUCAGUUAUUUUACGUGCUGUUUUGCUGGAGGUUGCUCAAAGGAGGACGUCACUGACAUGAACGUCUAGUGCGGUUACUUUUCUGAUAAAUAAAUAUACUUUUAUUUAGUUAAUGAUUUUUUUUCAUAAGCCACAAAAAGAAUAUGAACUAUAACAGGAUUUACACUCAGCGUUAACCCAUGAAUCAGCCCCUUUAUCUGUCUCUGAAGUGUGGUUAUCUUUCAAAAUGUAUCUUCAAUACUUCAAGAAAACGAAACAGGGUUUUUAUGUCAGGUUGGUGCAUUUCAAAUGGAAAUUAUGUCAUUUUCCCAGAUCAUAAUCAUGAGUAAAUGAGCAAAAACUAGUAGGACUGAUCCCCCAAACUAAGAAACCAAGACCAUAUCACCCCAAACUCAGGUCCAGUAUCAGACAAAUCUCCUCUCAUCUUUGCAUCAUUUUUCACUCUGAGAAAAGACAAUCAAGCUGUUUGUUCCACGUCCAGCCCGCUGCAGACAGUCCCCCCCCCCGGCGGCAGCGUGCAGCCCCUCUCCCCUGCUCUUUUCAGGAACAUUGGAUCCAGGCUGGAAGAUGAAGCAGAGCCUGCCAGAGCCAAGUCCCUUUUGUCCCCACCCCAUCAACACGGUGUCUCAUCCUCUGUUUCUCUUCCAACAACUCUUCCAUUUUUUUGUCCUCUCAGCAUUGGCAUGGUUUGCUGUGUUGGUCGUCCACCUUCCUGUGCUUGGCUGCAAGCAGACUCCCUCCCUCAUCCCGACAACCAGCCCCCCCUCCUCUUCCCCUUUCCCUGCGACCCCACCUGUCAGACUUGUUCUCCACUUUCUCACCUCUCCCUCUCCAUCUUUCUGUCUCUCCACUCGUCUGUCUUCACAGCGGAUUUUGCAUUGAAGUAAUGAGUGCGCUAACAGUGCUUGUUGCAUCAAAUGUGGGCAUCCCAAUAAGCUCCACCCACUGCAAGGUAUUGGAGUCACUUUUAGUGAAGCAGAGUGGAGCCCUCUCUUGGAGCUCCACUUCACUGUUUCACCUGUAGCUGUCGAUCACCAGAGCCAAUCACAACUCCUAAAGUUGACGUUUUGACCUCUUGUGCAGUGACCCUCUGGGAACAGAGCCUCUAGAUUCGCCUAAAUCUGCAAAUGCAAUAAAUGUAGCAGGUUUGAAAGUGUUUAACAGUGUACCAGCAGAGCCCCAAAGUCAGAAACCAUGACUGUAUACUGUGAAUAAGAGCAAAUUUGUCUAAAAACUGUCCUUCAACACACCUGAUUCAAAUAAUCAGCUCGUUAGUGAGCCAUUACAGAGCUUGAUAACGAGCUGAUCAUUUGAAUCAGGUGUGUUGAAGGACAGUGGGCCUCGAGGACUGGUUUUGAGAACCACUGCUCUAAAACAUGGCAGACAAAAAAAUGCUUUGUUAAUGUUUAGAAAUGUUCUUAUGAUUUAUUGUGUGGCACAUCAACUCUUUGCUCAAAUAUAAUUAACAAUUUAGUUGUAAUCCACACAGAAUGUCCUAGACUAGUUAGAAAAGUCAUUUAUUCAGACUAGUUUGGUAUAAAUGUCAGUAAAUUUAUUAAGAUUCAAACUUGAUUUAUCUGUCAGUGUGUUGAACCCACAUUUCCAAACUAAAAGCAAGUUAAAACUCAAAGUUUGAAGAUUAAUUCUCGACUAUCUGAGCAGCACAUGAACGCAGCAUCACUUUAAUGUUGGCACAGAUGCGAUAGCAGCAUAAAAACUGAAGAUCAGUCACAUCUACGAUUACAAUAAACUCUCAAAAGUGUCUGACUUAUCAGGGGAAACUGCACAAGAGUCAAAACUGGUGUUUAAUUCCUGAUGAUCACAUUAUUUAAACAUCACCAUCACCAUCCAUCCCUUUGUAUUUCACUCCUCCUCAUAAGUACACCUGUCCCCUCCCUUAAACCUCUGAUAAUCAACAGCUCUGCCAAAAUGCUUAAUCUACUGAUGGGUAGAGGUAUCUGAUUGUGGUGAAGUGAUUCAGUUCCUGUGUCUGGAGGGCUGCCACAGAUGUUGUUGAAAAAUGCCAGCUAUACUUCUCUAUUUUGGAGGAAUUUGUUCCCUAGAAUCAAAGUUCAGAGGAAUGACAGUAAAAUUGUCUGAAAGCCAACAACAUCUGUGAACAACCGAGAGCAGUGUGAGAGCAGUGAUGGGCAUUCAUGUGGUUUCAGUUCAGAGUGACCGUUUUCCUGCAGAGAUUUGGUGUCUUUUUGAUGUUCAGAUCAAACUGAAUUGAUGCCCAGCUCUGCUGUUAGGGGCGCUGCGGUGUGUUUAUGUACAAUGACUGCUUGUUUCAAAAGCUCUACAGGCACAAACACAGAGGUCACACUGAGUUCAGGCUUUUCUCCUGCAUGCCUGGAAUACUGCAACUGGCCGUAAACAGACGUCCAGACCACAAAGUUGAGCAUUACGUCCACACAAAUGAAGAAAUUUCCUAUCAGACAGUGUAAUACUAACACUGAAGACACUUUUAUGUAACAUUAAGUAAGACUGACCAAAGUCUCCAAACACACCGCCUGCCUCUGUUGACCCUGACCUUCCACAUUUAGUCCUGAGUGUGACAGAAGGCGUCUCGGGUUUCUCUGGCCGUAUAAGUGCAGGCACAGUUGAACUCCCACCCACCUGCAGCGUCACAAACAGAGCUGAAACCAGUCACUGCACAUGACACCUCAGCACACGCAGGUGUCUAAAACAUGAUCGCAGGACUUCUCCUGAACAGAUUCGGGUUCUGAUUAAACUCUUGAGUUACGGUUGACUGGAGGAAGUCUGACAUGAGCAGGAACUAGUCCCAAAAAAAGCUCCAGAGAAACGACCCCCUCUGUUUAAACUCCAAAUCUAAUCAAUAAAGGAACAAAAUCGACUCUUGGUGAACUUGAUCUGCUUAUUUCGGACUUCCUCGCAGAAAAAUGAUAAAUUUAGAUAGGGAUGACUUUAACAAUCAGCUUGCUCUUACUAACAGAGAGUCUAGACUGAGCUGCUCAUGAAGAGCUGAUGGUUGUCUUCAGGCUUUUCUUACAAUAUGUCAGAAGGUCCCAAACUCAUAAAGUAAAGAGACUAUUCAAAGUAAGAAGGCAGACAUAGUGUGAGCAUGAACCGAUCAGCUGCUCUUUGAAAAGAAAAUUCCUCUGUCUUAAGAAAAGCCUGAACCACCCGCAGCUCUUCAGGGUCUUUGACUUGCUUUUUUUUUUUCUGUUCUGCUGUUGAUUGUUUUCUUUCUCCUCCCGGCUCCGGCCUCCAGGUGGGCUCAGUCGUUGCGGUGGGUUGGAUCCGCUCCCAGAAAGCAGUAGACUGGCGCCUCUUCAGGAACAUCUUCCUGGCGUGGUUCGUCACGGUGCCCGUGGCCGGCCUGUUCAGCGCCGCCAUCAUGGCCCUGUUUGUUUACGGCAUCCUUCCCUUUGUCUGAGGGCGCACGGCCGGGAGGGAGAGCAGAGGAAGAGGAGAGAGUCAGAGAGGGGAACUCGGGUAAAAUCAUAGCUCGAGUGUCGAGGGUGCAGAUAAAUGAGGAGGGGGGAGAAGAGAGGGAAAGAGUGAGGGGAGAAGAAGGAGGAGCUGCAGAGGUUUACAGAUGGACUUGGUUGUACUGAGGAUGUGAGGAGGGUUGGUUCAUAUGCUGCCUGGCUCCGUAGUCCAGAGAUCUUUUUGACUCAUCGGUUUUUAUUUAUUCUUGGGGUGCAUAAGAAAGUGCGUGUAACCUCCGUGUUCACCAUACCAUUCGAUCUGCUGUACAUAUGACAUUAACACAGGGGUAUUUCAGUAACUUCUAACAAGAGGUCUGGUUUGAGGAGAUGCAGUGCAAGCCAUUUUCUGUCUCAUUAAAAAAAAAAAUAAUCAUGAGUUAAAAAAAAAAUAAGACAGCACACAACUAGAAAUAAUGAAAUCCUGCACAACUAAACCGAGAAACCUGAACCUGCAGUUCAAACUGUUUCAUCCUGCCUGUAAAUCCGGGCAGCACCUCUGCUCAAGUGCUCAUUAUUAUUGUUCCAGAUUGCCAGAAAAUAAUCCUGUACAUAUUGUUCUCUCAGACUGAGUGUGAUUUGUUGUAUUGCGGCUUGCUUUAAAAGUUAAAAAAAAAAAAAAAGACAAAAAAGAUGUGCGUGUGGUAAACCAACCCAUCCAUCAUCUGACUUUGAAACAUGCCAGCCAGGUACGACUAGGGCCAAACAGAAAAGACGCCUCAGAGAGGGGUGGUGGGACUGUCACUCUGCUUUUUUUUAUUCUCCACAUGAUACCAUAGAAACCUGAUUUGCUAAAGAGUUGAUUUUUGUCAAGAGCUCCUGUAUGUUUCUAGAGAUGGAUCUCAUAUUUUUUAAUGAUGUAUUAUACUGUAAUUUGUACUGUAAAUACUGUCCGUACAGAGGUUUAGGGGCGGGAUUAGGGGGAGGAUCAUGGUUCAUUUUUAAUGUUGUAAAAAUAGGGGUGGCUCCUCACCUCUUCAUGAUGUCAUAUUAUAAAGUAUUUUUCAUCCCAGAGGGUAUACACACACUCACACACACACGCUGCUGUUGUGACAAAUUCAGAGUGAUGAAUCAAAGCUGACGAUGCCCCAUCCCCUCUGAUUUAUCGUACCAGUCGAAGUUUUUGCAGAAAGUUUCCCCCCCUGGAGAACAUUUUGGUUUCUGUCAGCAGUAUGCAAAAGAGGGGGACUCCUCAAAGUAGAAUUAGGUGCAGCAGAAGCCAAAAACUCUCAAACGCAUUUUUAAGGUCUCAGAAAAAGUUCACAUAUCUUCAUUUGUUUGCCUUUGUUUGCAUACUGGAGUCAUCUCAUAUUAUCAGAGGCUCCCUGCCAAUGCUUGACCUCUACACUGUCCAUGCUCGGAUCAUUUCUCGAUCUCCUACUCAUCUUUUUUUUUAUUUUAUUAUAUCAGAGUUUAUCUGUCUCUGAUACUCUGUGUCGUACCUCCCUGAGGAAGACCCACCACACAGCGCUCGUGUGUCAUAUCAAACACUAACUCAGCCAGUUAUGCAGAGGUGUGCCGAGAGGAUACUCCGCCUCGGUCGCACCUGUAGCUCCUCACAGAUGGCCGACGUUGCAUAGAAGCAUUUAGUCUGUCGAUCACCUGUGUUUUAAUCCAAGUGCUUGAGGUUAGCAGAGGUAAAACGGAUCAUGUCGAGGGCUGGAUUAAAGCAGCUCAUGUCACAAAAACAAGGCAGUAUCUGGGAUUGGGGGGGUAGUACUGAUCAUCACCAGCUUUUAAAACAGGGUCCUCUGCGACCUGUAGAUGAACAAAGUCUAAGCUUUUUUUAUUUGAACAAACUCAAUGCCAGGUGUUGCAACUUCUUCUUUUUUUUUGUUCUUCUUGUGGUGUGUUUCCUAAUUCUUUAUUUUGUCUCAUGAACAAAUCUAUGCUUAAGUAGCCACUUGCCUUGUAACAUUGUGUUUUACUUUGUGCAGAUACAGUAAAAUUAAGUACUGUGGUGUUUACAUUGUAACCAUGUUGUAGAGUAUCAGAAAAAAAACUGUUGCCUAAUGAUGCCAAUGAAAGACAAACUAUUAACCAUGAAUUUUUAAAGUGCAAGUAAAAAAAAUAACCUGAAGUGUCUAGAGAGAGAGAGAGGAAGAGAGAGAGAGUGCGAAAUGACUUGCUUUUUUUCGUCGUGGUAGCGCUAAUGAUGACCCCGUCACUUUAGACUGCUUCGACAGUACUACGUGUUAACUCUACCUGUAUGGGUGCAAUUCAGUAAUGAAGAGAAUGACUAGAGAAAUCUCAUCAAGACUAUAUAUAUUUUUCUACCAUAUCUGAGUUUAACCUGGCGAGCUUCCAGACACUCUGUAGGACACACUGUGGGCUCAAUGGGAACAGGGAUUCAAUAUUGAGAUCUUAUCAUAGUCGGUCUUAUCAUAGGACGUCUCGCCUCAAUGGUGCCAUGUGCCACACCUCCUCUGUAAGCCCGGUGUGUUCUUCUAACAUGUAGAUUUGACGUGUCGGUUGCCAAUAGAUCAGAUUUUUAAAUUUUAUCAUUUUUAUUUUUUGGGAUUUUAGAUGAAAACACUUUGUAAUUUUGUUUCCCUAUAGCUUCAAUCAUGAGCUGUGAGAGGAGCAGGACAGGCUUCUUGCUAAAACCAGGACGACUGCUCACUGAAUGCAAAAUCUUGAAGCUGAAUCUCUGUAGCUGAGAAACUCUAAUCUAAAAAGUAAAAAAAAAACAAAACAAAACUUGAUAACUGGACUGUGAGGACAUUUGUUUCCUUGUUUUGGCAGGUAACCACUCUUGAAGCUCAUACCCUUCAACUCUUUCACAAGCGGUGUUACACAGGGGGCCGCGCAGAGCUGGUGCGGUAAACUCUCUCUGUACGUUUAACAUCAGCCACAACAAAACAGCAACAACUGCAGUAUUACUGAUAUGUGCUAAAACAUACAGGAACAGAUGAACUUAAAAAGAAGAGAAACUCAUAUUUGAUGUUUAAACAGCAGUAAUUGGAGAAGAUGCAGCAGCAGAUUUCAUAGAAUUGUGUUUGUUGCUUAUAAGCUCAAUAUUUAUAAAAGUAGAAUCUGAUUAUUUCUCUUUAGGGUGACCCAAUCCAGGCCUCGAAACACCAAUCUGUCUUUAUUAACAGGCAUGUGCUGCUAUAUUAAAAUGCUCUUGUGUGUCCUUAUAGAUGGCGAAUUCCUUCUGAACCCUCACCCUCAUGUUGGGAGUAAAUAAUCUAAGGUCACACAGUGCAGAUAGAUCUGAUGUUUGCUCUAUCGCUGUGCUCUGCAGGCGCCCUCUCUGUAACUCACUCUGUCUUUUUUGGUUGUUUUUUCAUUCAUUCUCAGUCCUGAUAGGCCCAAAGGGAUGCACAGCUCAAAAUAGGAGGGAGAGUGGGAAACUGCCAUCUAGUGGCUGUGCUAAAAACCUGGUUCUCACUCUGUAAUGCCAAAAUUUGGUGUAUUAAUACCCCAUAGAAAAAUUGUUUUGAAUCCAAUAAACAGUUCAAUUUGUUUAUGAACUUAAAGGCUGAUUGCAAAAUUUUAUAUUAUUAUAUGCAUCAUUAUUUAAAAGAUUUAACAAUUGAAAAGCCCAGCUAAUCUGUCUCAUAAAAUGUACAAAAGAGGUCAAGGGUCGGUGAAAAAAAAAAGAGGUCCAAUAUAUUUUUUUAAUUAUUAUUUCAAGAAAAAAAGUCAGACUUGUGAGAAAAAAAGUCAGAAUUCUGAGAUUAAAGUCACAUUUCUGACUUUUUAAACUCUGAAUUCUGACUUUUUUUUCCCCUCAAAAGUCUGUUUUUUUUCUUCUCAUAAUUAUAAUAAUUUUAAAAAUAUGUUGGACCUUCUUUUCAGUGGCCCUAAUCCUCUUCGAUAUAAGAUGUGUGUGUGUGUUUUUAAUAAGACCUGGAACCUUAGACUGACCCUAUACACUCUAUAUACAGUCUAUGCCUGAAACACACUGAAAACGGUGAGGUAGAGGUAUAAGCGCAGCCACUAGAGGGCGCAGUGUGUCGCUGUCUCUCCCUGUGUAGAUGGACCGUGUUUGAGACCAGUCCGUGUCAUCUGCUCACUUUUAGAUAUGAAUGGUGUGAUCGCCAUUGAGGGAGUUGCUGUGCUUCUGUCGCGUUAUAGCCGCUUUGUAACUUUUGUAGAGAGAAACUAGAGAAACAGGACGUGCCAUUACUUCCUCCCUGAAUGUGCAAUACAAGGUGUUGUUCGUCGAGGUGCAGCCGCGUCGCUGCUGUCACCCUGUGGUGUGUUGCUCCACCUGCCCUGGUGUAAUAGCGCCCCCUCCUCUCUGUAUGAGGUGGAGGGGCUUCAGUUCAGACCUCCAUCUGGAUGUGGCGUGCUGUCUCUAGUUUUCUGGUCUGUUUUGUAAUAGAAUGUGCUCCUUGGCUGGCCUGCAGGCUUUACAGCAGCUCUGUGUUGUCUUUUUACUGUUUACUGCUAUUUAACUGUCCAGUCCUUCAAAAGUUUGAAAAACAUAAAAAAUACAUGAAUAAAAAAAUCAAAAGAAACUGUAGCCUGCUUCUACAAAAUCUUAAAGCUCUUCUGAUUUGCAUAUAUCGUACUGUAAUGUUUUAUUUAAGAUUUUAGUGGAAAAAAAUGUGCAUUUAAACUAAAUUAUGGGAAUUAAAAUUACAAAGAAUACUUAAAAUCCAC